AGGGGUUCCAGCUGUGUGCCGACGGAGAAGUACGCUGCUUUAACUCUCAGUGUCUGAUCCAGCAUAUCUUUCAACCAAAUCAAGUCAGCAGCCUGCAGUGAAAUGAUAAGAUAAUGACAAUAUGUUUUUCUAACAUAACACACCGUCGGUUGGAAUUUUGCUAUUGGGAGCUGGGGUUUACGAGCAGCUCCUGAAGGUGGCAUGAUGCUGAGCGCGUAAUGGAUUUCCCCAACACUGCUGCUAAUCGGGGACCAGGAGCUGCAGCAGUCCAGCCGCAUUCAACCUUCUCCACCACUUGAUGCCGGUGACCUUGGCUCACAGUGAUUUGGUCUCCCACACUUAGGCUGUUCUUUUCGGUUCACCAUGGCAUCCUCGGACGGGCUGGAUGAAGAAUGCGUGUUGCAGCGGGGGAGAUCUCAGAGUGACCCGAGCAGCAUCACCGAGGUCCGCCUGGGUGAAGCGCAUAGAGCAGGUAGGAGGAGGAGGAGGAGAAGAGGGGGGCCUGAACGCAUGUCAGAUAUCUGUCACCUGCGUUUCGCUGUGCCCUUUUGGCUGGAGGAUGAACAAGCAACAAAUGACGAUGUUGGAGUUCACCUGCAGCUGGUCACAUCCGCGGUGAUCUCUCUGAAUCUGUAUGCAACAAACGUAGGUCGUGUUGUAAACGUGCGUCAUUUAGUAUCCCUUACAUGUACCCUAAACGGUUCUUUUCCACGGGCCUUCCACGAAUAUAUUCAGUGUUACCUGUCCUUCACAUCGAUAUGAGAAAUCUGCAUCUGUGCCAUGCAGUUCGGAGAUGUCAGCCAACUGUUGGCAUACCAUGUUGUUCUUGGUUGAAUCUAUAAUUACAUGUCAGCUAUAAGAUGCACUGAUUGGCUGAUUUAGUCAGUAGCAGGCCUGCAUGCCUCCUGGCAGUGGUAGUCUAUGUGACCACCUAUCACCCAACCUUAGUGAAUGUAGCCCAUCAUGAAGCUGUGAUCAACAUUUAUGAAUUUCUGAACAUGCACACACAGUCUACAUCUGAAAAGUAAUCAAACCUGCAAUGCUGAAGUGCUUUUUAAGUUUGAAUGAAAGCAUAUGAAACCUUGACACUGCUCCAUUUCACUCAGAUUCACCAUUAACCUAUUCCUGCUCAACAUGGUAGCAUCAUCUUCACCUCUAGCCUCAUGGCAUUUAUCCUGUGUGUGUGGUGGUGGGGGGUGGGGUUUGGAGUCGCUUUUCUUACUUAACACAUCUGUCUGCAAGAUUCAACAUAAGCAAGAAGACAACUGGACUGUAUGAGGACUGAAGGAAGCUGACUAAAAUGGAUACUGGCAAACUAUCAUGCAAAGCAAGCUCUUCUUGUCCUAAUGCAUUGAAGUGUGUCCAAAAUGCAGUCCUAUUUAAUUUGAACAUGCUUUAAGGAAGGCUGCUGACUAUAGAAGUAUGAUAUUCAUCCCCGUAGCAUUUACUGUAUGUAAAACAUAGUGUUGCUGUGUGUAUGCAAGGUAAAGGGUGUGUGUCACUUUGUUGGAACUUCACUACGCCUCAAGAAUAAGAAGAGGCUCAAGUAAUCAGAUAAGAUGAAUAUAUCAUUAAAUCCCAACAUGAAAAAUGAAUGGGCAUAAUGCCUCUGGUGCGAGGACAGCAUGCACACCUUGGCAUCACACAUGGACUGCAGUAUGUCGGAUAGAGGCUGAUAGGAGUACUGGUUGUGUAUUUUGCUGUUUCCAUGGUUACCUAAAUGGCAGAAGGCAGCCCUUGGCUCUCCAACUGUGAGCCGACAUGGUGUUUGUCUGCUUCACUAACUGGCCCUUUUUUUUUUUUUUCAAUGCACUCGGUGAUGUACAGUGGCCAGCCAUUCAAAGUGAAAUGCCACUUAGACUGUGAAUCGUGUUUAUCUGUGGGAUGGGAUUCACUUUUCCACUGGGAAUACUAGCUGGGCAGGUAAUAACUGUUGCUCAACAGCUACAAAGCAGCGAGGGUAUACUGUUCUGAAAGGCACUGGGCAAUGGAUGGAUUCUCACAAAUUAUAAAUCACUGAUUUUGACUUACAGGCCUUUGAUGGUGUUGCUUGCCAGCCAUCAUCGCCCACAUACUGUUUCUGACAGCAGAAAAGGGAUGAGUUAAAAAGAGAGGUAGAUAGUGUAUACAGCAUUUGUUUCUGUGCAAAUAAGGGGCUCAGUUACUAAAUCACUGUCUGGCAUGUUUGGGUCAUAGUGUAAAAUGUAAGAUGGGAUUAUGUGCUUCCUAUUACUGCACACAUACUCUACUCCACUUUCAUUUUCUCUGGUGUGUGAUAUUACAGUCUGUUUGAACAUCAGACUGUUUCACAAGGCCAGCUAUCUUUAGACACGAGGGCCACAGGAACACAGCAGAAAGGAUCUUCAAGUUCUCCUGCCAGCAGAGAAUAUUGUUGUACUCGUGCCCUCGGUUUUGAAUCCAGGGCUUGUCACGUUGUCAUGGUUGUUAUGGUUACAUAACAGCGUUGGUGUACGUGCAACUCCAAGGCAAAGAUUGCAGGACUUUCCAGGAUAUGCUCUUCAUUUCAUUACUUCAGGACAUGUUCACCUGGAUCCUCUGAUGUUGUCCAGAGCUGACGUUUCUUGUGCAGCACCAUGUAAGCAGGGCCCGGGCAAUGCAGCAGUUAAAAUCCCCUUCCCUCCCCAUCCUCUCCAUCCGCUCUGCUCAGUGCUAACCCCCACUGCAGCUUUGAUCAUGGCACUUGAAGAAUCAUCUCCAUUUCAGAGGGGUAAAAAGGGAGCGACAGAUCUCUGAUGGUGGCAUUAUUAUGGCACCCAGGUGGGCAAUGUCACUGUGCAUCAGCUGCACAAUAGACUGGACUUAAUAUGCAACCGAUUUCUUUUUCCAUUGUAUUUCACUGAUAACAGUGUCUGAAAAAACUCUGUCACUCUUGCUGCUCUAUAAAGCUGCAGCACCAUAGAAAAAUCACUCUCAUUCAUGCGAAUUAACCUACAUUAUUGCUAAUUUUAAUGCUGAAUUUCAUGUUUAAUGCACAGAACAGUGACUUCCUCAGGGUUACCCUGGUCAGAUCAGAGAGACAGCAGUAGGGAUGGGCGAUAAAUUAUCCUUCAUGAUAUAUCGUCAGAAAAAUCCUCCAUAAUAAAUAUUUGCCAUCUCAUGAUAAAUACGAUAAAUGCUAGUUGAUGAUGUAAGGGUGAGCGACGGGCUCACAGUCAUAGCCCACACAGAACAUGGCCGAAGGAAAUGAAGAAGACGUUCCUGAGCAGCUUGUUACUGAACGAGGCUCCACAUGAAGGAUUUCCUUCAAGAUUGGGGUUGAGAUGAGUGCAAUCAGGUAUGUCUGACAUUGGACAGUGAAUCUGCUGCUGUUCAUUCUAUGCAAUAAGAGUUUUUAACAAAUGUUGAAAAUGUUUUCACAUUUGAGAUUUGUUUGAUGUCACUAGUUUUCUCCAUAACCUACCACUCAAACUUGUGGUUAAGUAUCUUAUUUGACUACUCCAACUGGCGUUCUCAAGACAAAAUGAGUCAAAAAUAUAGAUUGGAAUAAUAAUAAUUUUUAUUGAAACUUUUAUCGUUAUCACCAGAAUGGCAAACCUUAUCGUUAUACAUUUUUAAGUCUAUAUUGCUCAUCCCUAGACGGCAGACAGCAAAACAUGAAUGUGGAGGAAAAUCUGUUCAUAUAGACUCCUGUGAAUGGUUUAGUCUGACUCGUGUAAGGGCAUCCACCUUGUUCAGCACAUACAGAUUACAUCUGUCUAAGAGAAUGCAGAAUUGUUAGUGCAGCCAAACAUUGUAGCUCAAAGGUGGAAGUGAAGCUGCGUUCAGAUCGAGGCAUAUGCAGUCACCCAAAAACCAGACUUUCAUAGCUUUCAAUGGGCACAGAUGUAAUGUGACACUUAGCGUGCCUGCAAACAACACUCGGCACAUGGGCUCUGCAUCCUCCGACUUUUACAUUCAGCUGGCAGCUAAGACUGGUGUGACUGGGAAAAAUGAGCCAAACUGAUAAAUCCAUAUUACUCUCAUCAAACUGUGAAUAAUGUAAUGACUUUAAGUGAAUAAAGAAAUACUCUAGACAUUUUGUGAACCUCUCUGGCUUUUGCUUAUCUUGGAGAUGUCAUCGUUACAACAGGUUUAAGGAAAUGUAAUCUUUGAUGUACUUCAAUUGAAUCUAAAGCAGCAGUUAUUAAAUGCUUGCUAAAAGACUUCUUUCAUGACACAGAAUACACAUACGGCACAUUACAGGGCAACAAUGAGCUGGAAGCUAUACAUAGAUGAAAUAUUUAAGGAGUAUCCUAAUGACGUUAAGGACACAGGUGAUACCUGUCAGUAAUUAAAGUUGAACUGCUUUAGGACAGGGCUGCAGGUAGCCAAAGAAAGAGAAACCCUGUUGUCCAUAAAGUUCUUCUUAAGUGACGACAAGCAGGACUCGCUUUUACUUUCUUUGACUGAUGUUUUUCUAACUCUGCCUGAGGUCACAGUUUUUGCUCACAGCUCCAUACUUUUUUUAUGUUGAGAAUGAGAUACAAGCUGAAUUCAGUUUCAGCAGGAGCUUCAAGUUAUGUCAUUGUAAUGGAGCCAUGUGGUGGCACAGAGCCAUUAGACAUAAAAGUUAGAGCUCUCAGCAUAAAGCAGAGCCUGACUAUUAUUUGAUAUAUAUAACUUUACUUUUCUUUAUAUAACCUUCAUUUUUUCAAGUUUUCGCACACAUACCAUACAGUGAGCACAGAAGUAAGUAACUGGAAUGGCAUUACAGUAGAUACACUCAUUGCCCAAUCACGGUAUGCAAAACAAAACAAUAACUGCAGCAAAAAAGAAAACAAAAGCAGGGGGGUAUGGAUAAAUGAAUACAAACUAUGAUAGUAUCUUUGCUACAAUCAUUCAACAAAGUGUGUCAAGUACAACACAGGUUGUUUCCUCUUUGCAUGUAAUUGUCCCACUUUUCCCAGAAAGCAUCUCCUUUGUGCUUUUGGAGCCUAAAGGUCCUUUCACACCUGGACCGUUUUUAACGUGCAAUUAUUUCGGAUAACAAUAUCUUUUUUCAAACCCGUAUCCUGUCAAUACAAGCAAUCACAUCAGCGACGUUUUCCCGUCCUGCGAUAAUGCAGCAUUUAUUUUUUCGGAUCAUGGUCGAUUUUUCUGAAGUUUCACAUACUGUGUGUCCACUUCAGACCAAUGAGAUUGCGUGUUGUUGCGACGUCUGAUUCACGGGUGUAUCCAACAUGGCUGACCGGCUGAUUGUUUACGUGUCGGAGAACAGAGUGCUUUUUAAAAAAAAAAAAAAAAAAACAUCACAAAGAUAACGACCUGAAGGAUAGUUUGUGUGCUUUAACAGUUUGCUAAACAUCUUUGUUUUAACUUUCAUCUGUGCAAAGUAACUUUAGCUCAUAAGCUAACCUGUUCUGAUACAACAUACCAAAUGUAUUUUCACUGUCUCAAACUCAAACUGUCACAACACCAUUAGGUCUCGGUUGUUACUUUACGUUUAUGGAUUAUAGUUUAAUGUGCUUAUCUGGUACUGGCCCCGACUCAGUACAUGCUAUCAUGACAGACAGACAUCUCAACACUAGUGUCUAAUCAGAACUGGAAAAACAGUCAGUCUGGUGUUGUGUCAGUCUUCUUGCUUCCACCCGCGACACGUCUUUUUUCCCCCCGGAAAGUCACAAAAUCGCAUCGGGCUUGCUGUGUAUAGUCAUGCACAUCAAAAUCGCCUCCGAAUAUUUCGUAAUUUCACAUCGGAUAUUUGCAUCGGUCCCGGACCUUUAAACUAAAGGUCAACCAUUCCAUACAUUGAAUGUAACUAACUAUGUUUGACCAUUCCUUGACAGUGGGAGGUUCCUUCUAAAGCCAACGCCUUGUUAUGGCCUUUUUGCUUGCUGCCAUGAAGACUUUCAAAAGAUAUCUGUCCACCUUAGAUAUUUCUAAGUCCAUGUUUCCCAAGUAUAAGGACAAACAGGAGAAUUCCAUGUUACAACUCAGGACUUCCUUAAUAAUAUUAUGAACCUCAUCCCAAAAAGAUCUAAGGGCAGGGCAACCCCAGAAUAUGUGUGUAUGGUCUGCCAUACAGUGGCCACACUCUCUCCAGCACUCAGGGUCUGACUAUUGAUAAAACAUGCUGGCUUUUUUCUGCUCAUGUAUGUUUUUUAGGUGAAACCACAAAGGUGGAUGCUUCUGCUUUGGAGGGAAAAUUAGCCCUUAAACUUUCUUGUGGGGUUGUGCCAGCAGUGUGUUAAUGGGAUCAGUUCAUACAAACAGGUGCUUAACAUAGCACCCUCUGCCGUCAGUGUAUUAAUGCAGUGUGAGUGGGUGAGCAUGACGUGAUAUAAAGCAUUCUGAGCUGUCAACAUAGAACUAGAAAUAGACCGUAUAAAUACAGUUCAUUUACCACUGACUAUUUAGGCCGCCAUCUUGAACGGCCAUCUGCAGCAGCAAAGAACAGCCGCAGGUGUGACAUACAUGUUUUUGUACACAGUGGGUGGCCGCAGGAAAUGCACUGGUGAGGCGAUAAGGAAGGGAAAGAUCAGAGUGGUUGUUGUGUGCAAACAAAUGUGCUUGAUGGUUAUAUUUGACUGUAAAAACUGAAUGAAUGGAGGAUCAUACUAAACACACAUUACAGGAGCUCUUGGAGGCCACAGGAGAUCUGACUGCUAGAUAUUGCUAUAAAAUCCCCAUAUCUCUCUAUUUUUUGGACAUAGACUGAUCGACAGUAGGGCUGGUGAUAUUGAGCAGUUCACCUCAAUAACGAUAAAUGGAUGAUAACUACUCCACAAGCUGCUCACCUCCUUCCACAUUAACUUUGUCUACUUCAGCCGCUACAGCUUUUGAACCGUCCUCCAUCUCCUCACCUGUCUUUCCCUCUUUGUUACAAACUUGAUGGGGUGGAGUCACGUCUCUGAUGUAGGAACAUGAGAUGAUAGCCUACCUACACACAUCCAAAACCAACUUUUGUUUAUUCAUUUUGCCACAGAAUAUACGGAUAUGGGCAAAAUGAUGUCGGUUGUUGUUGUAAAUUUUGGUAUCGGUAAAUUUUUGGUUGAUCUCCCAGCCCUAAUUAACAGCAUUUUUAGUUAACAGCAUCAUAUCAGCACUGGCCUUCACAAGACUGAUAUCAACAUCAUGGUCAUAAAAGUCUAUUUAAAACAAGUUAUGGUCACGAAAUAACAUAUUUAUCUACAAUUUUCUACAAUCUUAAUCCAAAUAUUUAUCUUGGAUUUUUAUUUCUUUGUUAAUGGUUUGACAUGGCUGGACAGACAGCCCCAAUUUCUUUGUAGCAGUAUAAAAAUGUAUGUCAUUUGUUAGUGUCCUGAGAUUGUUGUGUUUUUUCAAAUGCAAAAAGAAUAAAGACUGGUGAGAGUAAAAGUGACUUGAGAGAGGUUCAUGUUUUCAGUUUUAUUCCAAAGCUGCAGCUGGAUGCUCUCAGAAAUACCCGAGAUGUAAAACUGGAGGAUUGCAAAACGGCAUCUUUUAUGCUUGCUCAGUAAAAGAAGUCUUAAACGCUGGUGAGUGGGGUCAAGAGCUCCAGAAAGUGAACAAGCAGGCAAAACUCCAACCAUUGGGCUUGUACUAGCAUUUGUAUAGAUAAGAAGUAAACAUAGAAAGCUGUCACUGCUGGAAGGAGACCCCCACUGCAGAAGGCUGACUUCGCAUACAGAAACAAUUUGUUCAAGGUUGCGCUGAAUGUUGUCCUCAUAAAGAACCACUCACUGAAAUUAUUCAAAAUUAUACUGCAAGGCUCAAGAUGAGUUGGCAACUUGGCAUCAGACUAGGUGAGAUGAGUAUUCGCUUUAUCUCUGAGACAUGGAUAAACAUUGCAGUCAGCACUGGGAGAAGCUUUGAAAUCUUUUCAAGUUCAAUCAGACAAAGUUAGCGUAGAAAAAAAUACACAGACUUGAGCAAACUGUGCUUACUUCAUGCCCCUCUGUGGCUAUUUAUAGGGCUGAUGCAACUUCUUAGAGUUUUUUUUAAUGGUUUUAUGUCUAUUUCAAAAGUGGAACAGCUGAAAGCAGUGAUAAAGGAUUUAGCAUGGACAGCAUGGUGAUGAUUAAUGUGGAGCAAUGCAGAAGUGAUGUGACUCUAAUCAAGGACUAUAAAUGAAAAUGUGACUCUGCUCAGACACUAAUAGGUUUCUCCGUCACUUAGAUUUACCCUUGAGGUUUUGGUGCAGCAUUGAUUUUUUCUAUUAGCUGGCCGAGACACUGUGGCAAAUGCAAAAGCACCUAUUAUUUCUUAUGCCAACUCAUCUCGUGCCAUUAUGUACAAUGCAGAGACAUCUCUGUUCCUGGCUGACUGCAGGGCCCCAGGGGAAGAGCACAGAGGCAGGACAAAACAUGACAUCAGCUUCACCCAAUGCAAUAAGGAGACAUAAAAGCUACUGUGUGGAGGAUAGGCUCAUUUUGGAGCUUUUCAAAGAAACUAGGAACACGAUGUUAAAAUUUCCAAAGAGAACAUGUAUCUGCAAGAUUUUGUAUUUCAAACCUUAGCCGAAUAUUUUUAAAUUUGAAAGAACAGUAGAAUACUGUAUUUUUAAUGUUAUUAAAAUUUUCAUCUCAAAAAUUGAUGAAAAACCAAACAAUGUAGAAGUAAUAAUAAACUGAUUUUUACUUGUUCAAUUUAGUGACAGUGUUGAGCGCAAUUUUGGAAAAAAAAAACCCUGAAAAACCUGGGGGAUGUAAGGUUAAAGGAAUAUUCCGGCGUAAAAUAAAGUUAUGGUCAAACACACUGUAACACCGAAUUAGACACCCCCUCGAGAGAUGAAUGUUGCCGACUGCUUGCCUCUCUAGUUUUACCAACCUUAGCAAAGACCGCACGAUAGCAAUACACAGUGGUGUAUGUCUUCAUGCACAAACCUCAACCAAAAAGCCACUCUAUAGCCACAAAUAAUGCUCAGAACAGCACCUAACUUCAUCAACAGUACAAAUAGGGUCCCAGGCAUAGCACUAGUCAUCAAACAUCUUUUUAACUUUGCCUGGUUUCUUUAGCCAAAAAAAUAAACCCAUUAAAGGUGCGUUACUUUGGCUAAGGUGCCAAUAUGUCUAACCUUCUGGGUCUUUCACCACUUUGUUUCAAUUAAGUCCCAUCCAUAACACUAUGAUUGACUGUCAUGUGACAUCAAUGUACUGUCAUUGUGACUGGUUAACUGUUGACUCUUGCAUACGUAUGUUGUUGGACAUUUCAGUUUAGACUCUUAAUUUGGCUGUUUGUAAUAUUACACAUUAUAUUUAAAAAAAUGUAUAUAUAUUUCUAAUGCAACAGUCACGUACUACUGGGUGUUGGUAUCAUCCCUGAAAAAAUAUAUUGACCAUAUUGGUCAACCCCUAGUGGGCACAGUGGCACUGUGUCAUAUAUUUUAGCUGUUCAUAUAAAUUUUCAAAAAAGAUAUCAGUCACAUGACAGCCUACGACACUUAUAAGCUGCUUUUGUUUCAUUUGCUCUUGUGUGAUUUGGCCAUCUGCUCGAAGCAAAGGUGACUGAUUUAAAGGGAUAUGAAAAGGAACAAGGUGUAAUGAUUUACAACCUCCCUACUCCUGUUCUAAGGCAGGGCUUCCCUCUCAGAAAACCCAGUGGAACAACAAUACUCAUGGAUAGGUAUUCUUGCCUCCGUGUGUAUACACUUGAUUUAGCAGCAGCGCAGACAGAAGUGGUGAACUGUACCAUUCCCUCCUCUGACACACAUAUGCAUGCACACACAAGGAAGCAUGUACUCAUGCACACUGUCUCCCCUCCCCCAACUAAACAGGGCAUCUCUUAACAACAAGGAUCUCAGUAGAAAUUAAACAGCUCAGAUUUUGUGUCAUGUUGUGAAAUGUUUAAGCCAUAGCCACAGAGAUAAUGAUUUGUGCCCUUUGUUUACCUGCUCUGCAUGUACAGUAUUGUGACAUGAAAUGUUUUUUCAGUGUUCUUCUGAGGUUAAAUAUUCUUGAAAUGCAGUCACAUGUCUAUAGUAAGUGUGUGUAUACCUAAAGACAGUUCAUGACAUGUGUAGCAAUGGCAAAGAUCUACCCAGUAACUGGGCUUGGCAUGUUGGGGGGAGCUACUUGACUUAAGCUGUCAGCCAUUUACACAUAAUGCAUCUUUUAUGAAUGUUUCAUGUGCUGACCUAAUUCCUUUCAGAGCCGAGUAAGAGCAAUAUGUUGCACAUGAGAACACACUAGAGCUUCCAGCUGAUCCUUUUGGCAUUGCAAAGGCCAGACGUAUGGAAUCAGAGCUCUGAUAUGACCACUUCAAUGCCCCAGAUAGGCAAGAAUAAAAGCUGAACAUCAUCCCAGCUCAUUUAUUUUCAGUGAUAUAAUUUCGAAAAAAUCUUCACAGCAUCCCACGGUGGUAGGGAAUAGGACGGGCUGACGGGGAGCUUUAUCACACACAAAAAAAGAUGAUUUGCUCUCUGUGGCAGAUGUAAUUACAACAAACACUUAAGCCUAGAGCAGGAAUAGAGAGACUGAUCAUUCUUACAGACUUGAAUCUCUGAGCGGUGUUUAAGAAAAAAAGGAGGAGGAGGAGGGGCAGAGGCAGCAGCUGCAAAAAUCUGUCUGCUGGAACAGGAUGCUGGAUGUGGGCCCUGAAAAGUAAUAAUGAAGGCUGCGUUUCACCACUGUAACUCUGUUUGAUUCAGAAAAACAUACAACAUACAGUACAUACAAAAAUAUGGCUCACCAGAGGGAGGGAAAAAAUAACCCGAAACACAAUCAUCAGUCAUAAAUGAACAGUUUCUUUCCUCUGGGUCUCAACUGUUACAAUAACAUGACUUCAGCUUCAUUUCUGAAGGUAAGCAUGCUGAAUGAUCAGAUAACUGUAAGUGGAAAAAUAGAAAAUAUAUAUUUGUUUAUUUGUAAAUUUUGCUCUGUUUAACAUUAAAGUAUGUUAUGGUCAGACAUGGACUAUUCCAAAACAUGAUAGUUAGUGAUGGGCACAGCAGUUCCUUUAGAUGUACUGAAUUACUAGAAUCAGUUCACUAAAAUGGUUCGUUCAAAAGAUUCGUUCACCGAAUCACUGACUCAUUCAGCGCUUGGCAGGAGGAGCUUGUGACUCCGACCUCCUGAACUGAUACACAGCUGAACGGUUCAGGAUUUAGUUCAAUUCAUAGCUUCUGGGACCGAAAGAUGAGAGUGUUUGGCUUUGUUGCUUAAACACGUGUAUAAAAAUGAACUUAUUUAUAAGUCAUAAUGUUUUAAGUGUACUGUCCUAUGGUAUGCUAUUUAUCAGGUGUGCUCGGUAAAUUGGGCUCAGUGAGUGUUGUGUCCUAUUGUAUGCAAGUUGUCAUGGUGGCAAUUUAGCAGUAAAGAAAAAAGGUAGUUUUGUCCAACAAAAAUGAUUCCAGAGAGUGUAGUUCAAUGCGUGAUUCAUUUACCAAGUGAUUCAGGUGUCUGUGCAUCCAGUCCCUUGUUCGCUGGCUGCUCGCCUGGAAAUGCUGCAUGCUAUAGCAGCUGUGCUUCUGACAGCUCGAGUGAAGUGAAGUGAGAAACGAACGAAUCACUUGAGGGAGUGAUUUGGUUCUGUACGUUCACUUAAAAGAUUUGGUUCUUUUGAGCGAAUCGUGCGCAAACGACACAACACUAAUGAUAGUGUCAAAGUGGUCCCAGUUCAGAGAUCAGAUAUGCCCUCAUUUAUGGCAUUUUGCAAUCCUUUAAAUUAUCCACAAAGACAAUAAAGUCUCUGGAUUAGGGCUGGGGGAUAUUGCCUCAAAUCAAUAUCACGAUAUAUUAAGCCGUUCACCUUGAUAACGAUAAAUGGACGAUAACUACUCCACAAGCUGCUCACACCCUCCCACAUUAACUUUGUUUACUUCAGCAGCUGCUCCAGCCUCUACAACUUUUGAACCGUCCUCCAUCUCCUCACCUGUCUUUCCCUCUUUGUUACAAACUUGAUGGGGGACAUGAGACCAUAGCCUACCAAAACCAACUUUUAUUUAUUUAUUUAUUUCUAUUUUUUGGCACAGAAUAUACUGAUAUUGGCAAAAUGACGUCAGUUAUUGUUGUAAAUUUCGGUAUCAGUAAAUUUUCGGUUUAUCACCCACCCCUACUCAGCGAGACUUCUGCUUAAAUCGUGACUCUUUUUCAUCAAGGACAAACCUGUGACUCAGCGAAAAUCUCUCAGUGAGAAAGUGAGGGUAUACGUAUGUAUUAUAGCUGGGCUACACCAGGUCAGUUGAUGCUGUCAAGUAUGGUGGACGGACAGAAAUCAUAGUGGUUUCCUGUUGCUGUUUCCUAGUAAUUAACUGAAAAAGUGCUGCUGGCGACCUUGAAGUUAAAGGAACUGACGACACUCCUCUGUUGUAUGUUUGUUCACUGAAUAUUUAAAACAUGGAGUUGCGCUCUUAUUUUCAUUUGCUUUGCAUAACUGUGUGGCCUUAAGGCACACAUUGUACUGCAGCUAAUACGGGUUUUUUUGGACAAUGUUUAUGUUUAUUAUGUAUAAACCAAACAAUGAAUUGAUAAUUAAAGCCCUCUAUCAUUUGGCCCUAUAAAGAGAGCACCAAGUUCAAUGUGGUCUCUUCCAAGCUUGAAACAUCCUCAUUAGAGGAAUCCCAGAAAUAAAUUGUUCUGCAGCUCGCACACUCACAGUCGAGGCUGUGUCUUCCCCUCUGCUACAGUCCUCUAUCUGUCAUUGUGAUGCUGCAUUGGCUCGUAGGCAGUACAGGCCGCGGCUGUACCUGAUGAAUGAUUCAGCAGAUUAAAGGGGAACUGUGCUGGAGCAGUGCAGCAGCAGCAACACAGUUUCAUGAAUGUAUGAUUUAUGUUUGUGAAAACUGGCGGCACAGUAACAGAGCAAUGCUCGUUUAAGAGUUUAAAGGUCAAACACUUCAUUUAACGCAGCCAGUCUCCUACUUACCGCCUAUGGAUAAGCUCCUAAGCUUGCAUGACAUCCUGGGCAACAAUCUGUUUCUCUCAGCUCUAAUUUUCUUGUAAAUUUAAACACUUAAGGAUCAGUACAUGGUGUCCUGGAGCAAAUAAAAAAAACGCUUGACAUCUGGCCCUUUAAAAUGCCUUUUUUAACGUCAUAUGCAUGUCAUAUGUGUUAUAUGAUGUAAUAUUUGCUGUCUGACACACGAGUGAUUAAACAGAUGAGAACAGCUGAUGGCAUAAGCAGUAAACAGGAUGAGAAGCCACUCUGCUUCAGCUCCUCAAACAUGAAAAAACUGUAGUAGGUACUAUUUUUUGUGGGCAUUAAGAUGAAAUCAAGCUCUCAGAAACAACUGGCUUUUACAGGGAUCAGGAGAUACAGUUUAUGUCGGUCUCUCUGAAGCACUGGAAAGUCCAGGUGACAUUCUCUAUAACCGCUGCCCCUCAGUUUCAGACAGCUCUAAUCAUUCUCUGCUGUUGGCACUGGUGGUUUCGAUUUGUACAGAUUUUGCAGUCAGGCCCAUUUGCACAGAAAAGUGCAUAUUAACAUCUUCUGCAAGAAGUGCCAUAGCUUCGGCUUAGCAGAGCAUCGAAGGUGCAUAUUAUACUUUGCUUGGGCUUUGCUGGCACUGCAUUUUCUCUGUGUGUUAUUUGUGCAAGUUCCCUCUUACGUAUUCCCCCAGAGUAUAUUUAGGUUUGUUUUGGAAACCAGGGGUCUGUGGUUGUUUGCCAUUUGGCAUACGGCAAAAAAAGAAGCAAGUGCAGAUUCAAACAAACAAGUUGUGGUUCGUGUGUCCCUCCUACCUUUCUUUUUUUAUUGUUCUGUAUGUAUUUACCACAGCAAACACUUCAGUAUGUAUGUGUGCAGAAAGGGCACAGCUGACGUAAAGAAUGUUAUAGGACAACAUGAGAAUUUCAGCUGAACGACAUGACUGCAACAUUAAAGCAUCCGUCUAAAAUCAGGAUCAUUAAUGAGUUCCUUUUCCUUGAACUCAACCUAUUAGCCAUCACUGAGUGUUCUUCGUUUUCUGUGUGGCUUAGAAACAAGGAUGCUCUCAGAACCAUCCCUGAGUAUGGGACUGCUUUGUGGUUGCAAUUUGCAAUCAAUGUUAAAGCGCUUUGAAGCAAAAUGUUCAAAUGGACUCUCCGUAACUGCAGGUUUGAGCUGUUUUACUGCUGAUGUAGAGCAUGUUACCCAUUUUCCAUCAGCUCCCUUAUGACUGCAGAGCACUUAAAAGACCUCCUUCCCCCCUUUGAAGUAACGGUUCACAAGUUUUCAGCCACAACUGAAACUCACAGGUGCUGAGAGAUUAUUGGUCAUUACUGUCCCUCUGGUCCGUACACACAGGUGAGGACAUUUUAGCACAGAUAAACUCUAAUGUGUCUCAGUAUAUGUAAAAACCACAGACUGUAUAUACUAUGGAUAACUUGGUUCCGCCUUACGUCAUUAUACAAAUUUGAAGCCAAGUUGCUCUCAGUAUUUCUGGGAUUUUUUCCAUUUCCUGGAACCACCAGGGGGAGAGUCGCAGAGAGUUGCUGUGAUGAUGUUUGCGUAUCCCCAGUUGAGCUAAGCAAUCCCAAAAGCUGUAUUUGUCAAUCAUAGAAAACAUGAACCCUCUAAUAACUCUUAAAAAUGGAGCUGCACAGAAAAAAAGAGGACUUGAGCACAAACCAGUCUUACAGUAACUACAUGUCAACAUCGCAAGCAAAAAAUUAUAUUCUGUGUAGCAAAUUUCUAAAGUUUGUCCACAGCUUCAUAGGGAUUGUUGGAGGAGGCGGGAUUUAUGACCUAUACUGCAGCCUGUCACCAGAGGGUGCUGUUCUCGUGGCUUUACCCAGCGAGGAGGCAGACAGCAUCCAUUCUAUAUACAGUCUAUGAUAAAAACACAUUCUUAAACACAGGAGAAGCUACGAAAAUAUUUGGCAGCAUACUUCAAUCAAAUUCAUUACUGUUAUUUUUUCCAAUGUUAUGUUGUGCUGUUUCCCGUCUUUGUUUUACUAUAGUUCUGAAUAUCCCCCAUGCAAGACUGCAGUACCUCCAUUUUCAUGGUAAUUAAGACAUUUUAGUUCAUUCACGCGAUAUUUGCAGGAGUCCUCCUCGAGUCUUUGGAUGUAGACAAAGAAAAUCACUCCCUGCUGGUUCCUUAGUCUUGUGGUUUAACCAUUAGUUCAGCAAUUCUGAGGAAUAAAUAAAUAAAAAGGUGUUACUAACAACAUGGAUGACAAGUACGCCAGUGCAAAGUUUGGAAUGAAGAUAAAACUUGGAGGAAUGUAGUGAUCAUGACUGCAAGUGGCUGCAGAAAUAGGAUUUGAUGAGGAAAUAGCUCAUUGAGUUUAAAGCUGCAAAACUCUGCAGUGAUAAACUUAUGGUUUGUGUUGAUAUUGGUGCCCUCUGUGGACAAAGUAGUAUGUCUUAUCUGUCGUCUUUUAACAUUGAAAGACUUUGCUCAUUGUGAGUAUUUACUGUGUAAAAAGUAAAAAAAGAACUGACUGCUCAGCCCCUUGACAUCUCCCCCCUCACAGUGUUGAGAAUUGAAAUAAUCAGACUUGUUUCUGAUGGUCUUGUUUGCCGUUUAAAUGAAUAAAGUAGCAUCAGUCGUUUCAGUCUGUUUAGCAACCAGUUUAAAACUUCUCAUAUAGCUUUUAAUAUAAGGCCCGUUAGUCUGACAAAUCCAGAUAAACAGCUUAUUUUUCAAGACAUUACAGGAAAAAAGAAAAGCCAAGCUAAAGAAAAAUUACCGCUAGAUGAGGCAAAUUUACAGGUUCAAUUUCUUCAAUUGAGACGUUAUUCCUGUUUCAAGAAACUCUGGCAGAUUUUUUUGUAACUUUUGCAGCAAACUUAGUGUUAUUUUGGUUGUCAUAUCUUGAAAAAAGUCAGUGUUGCCAUGUUACAUUUCUUUUAUGAAGGUAACAAGGUGAGACAAAAAUGCGUGCUUGGCUCAGGUUUUCGCUAUUUCCAAUUCAAAUGUACCUUCACAACCUUUGCCCUUGUUUGUCAGGUGGACAGUUCAUUACUGAAGGUGCUUUUUUUUUUCUUGCCUAGUUGGCAAGCUGGAGGUUAUAUGUCAGUUUUAAUGAACUGAUGACAGUUUGUGAUGUCCACUACUGGGGGGAUUGCCCUCCUUCCUCAGCCAUAUUAAAUGUAGUCUGGUAAAUAUUGAAUGAGGAUCAGGCUCACUGAGUGGUCUACACCGUUGUUUAGAUUGUUUGCUUACAGCUUGUGUGGGUCCCAGAGGAGAAAUGCAGCCAUCGACUUUUAUCAUCUGUGAUGAAGCUCAGCUCUUCCUGUUGUUAAUGUGUGAGUGGGGCUGGAGAAAAUCAAUCUGAAACCACAAAGGCUCUGUUUACAGCCCAAAUGAUGUUGUCAGAAUACCUAAUAAUUAGUCCCCUGUGGCCCAAAGCUGUACGCUAGUAAAGGUAAAACUGAAAAUUCAAGGCUGGAUUCCUGCAGUUGCAGUGAUGUAAGUACUUUACAUACUUGAAUAGAGAGUGUGCAAUUAUCUUCUUUUAUCACUUGCAGUAUUGUAUGUGGUAUAAUUUUCCGUCUUUUAGUAGCAGCCUGACAUUUUUAUGUUUUGGUAUUACAGUACAGUAUAAGUGAAUAGCUUCCUGAUACUGGAAAUGAUCUCAUUUUGACAUGGGUAAAGACAAAUGUGUGCUGGCCAAUGGACCCAAUACAUAAAAAAGGCUCCCAUAGGGCCAUACCACAUAACUUAUCGAUAAAUCUAUUGAUGUACAGCCAUUUGAGAGGAAUAAUCCCAUUUCUGAGGGGGUCCUACAAAUGAUACUUUAAAAUAUACAGCCUGAUAACCAUGUAAAAGACAGAGUAGCUUUUGUAGUUUAAAGGUUUUAACAAGAAGCAGGUCAGAGUUCAAUAUAAGUCAAUAAAAUCAUACUGUGUGGUGACAGAUGAUGCCUCUUGGGUGAAUCCAAACUGUCUAAAUAUCACCCCAAACAAAGAUUUACUUGACUUAACCGAAAUGUUUGAUGACCAUUAUUACUCUGACAGGGAUAGAUUCACAGUAGCAGAAGUAGACAGUAUAGGGAAAUUUGAGACCAAGACAAAAUUUCCUAAGAGCAUAAUAAAGUGUCAUAUCAUAUUGUUUUGUAUCAGAUCAUAUCGUACAGUAGUGUAGUUUUGAUUUCCCAUUUUCACCAUGGACAUGCCUCACCUGCUUUUAAAGGCAGAACUUCUCUGGUUCUGUCCCGUUCAAAAAAAAAAAAAAAAAAAACAUUGAUUAUACUCCAGUUCGGGCACAAUGUUAAUGCAACUCACCUGUCUCUGAUACUCAAAACAGUCUCUUACUUUUGUGCAGUUUAAAGGUAUAUUCUGGCGUAAAAUUAAUUUAGGGUCAAACACACCGUAACACAGAGUUAGAACCCCCUCGAGAGAUGAGUGAUGCAGACUGCUUGCUUCUCUAGUUAUACCAACUUUAGUGAAGACCAGGAAAGCAAUACACAGCAGUCUGAGGAGCCAUAAACAAACCUCAACCAAAGCCACUCUAUCGCCACAAAUAAUGCCCAGAACAGCACCUAACUUCAUCAACAGUACAUACAGGGUCCCAGCCAUAGUAGUAGCCACCUAACAUCUUUUUAACUUUGCCUGAUUUCUUUAGCAAAGAGAGUAAACACAACUCACCCACUCUCCUCCAUGAGUCUGUGACGUCAUCAACAACAUGACUUUUGAUUGGCCAGAGGUCUAGCAGGUCCAGAUAUUCGCCUGCGAAUCUCCGAAAAAUUCGACACAAGAGCGAAAAAAUAAAAGACGCUUUUCGCCCCACGGAAAAAUCUCCACCGGAGUGGAAGCUUGCAUUGACUUUAAGCUGUUUUAAAAAAAGGCGAAAUUCGGCGUGUAAGGACCUUUACCCAGCGCCGUAGAAAAUUCUGGUGGUCUUUCCAGGAAAGGAGAGUUCUUUGGGAGGAAUUUGUUUGUGCAUCGCCCCUCUAUAUUUUCUUCUCUUUCCGCCACUUGAAUCCGGCAUUCCGACUGCAGCAGCUGCAGGUGCGCUUUGAUUGAUUUCUGAUGCAGCAACUUCCUUGUUGAGUUGACUUGUAUUUCAAAACGUGAAAAAACGUAGUCCAAGGUUGCCAACUCUUUUAAACUUAUAUUUAGCCUACAUUUGACUGUCAACUUUGAUUAAUUGGCUGUUUUUAGGCGUACAUUAAGGUCUAAUCAGUGGCGUCCACAGCACUUGUCGCCUCGUGCGACCGCACGUAUGUGUCUGUUGAUGGUGUAGCUCUCCCGGGGUAUACGCUGUUUGAGCCGAGCGUCAUCACAGCGACUCUCGGUGACUGCGCGCCCGAAUGCGCGCAUCGCUACUGAGCAACGCUAUUUUCAGGAAAUGAAGAAAAAUCCCGGAAAUACCGAGAGCUAUUUGGCUUCAAAUCCGUAUACAGGCGGUAGGCGGCAUAGAUAUAUAGAAAGACUUACUAUAUCUAUGGCAGGCGGAACCAAGUCGUCCAUAGUAUAUACAGUUUAUACUCAGAAUCAAUCUCGGACUCUCAAACUCUGCUUACAGGUUUUAUGUAAUGGCCCAGCUGUUAUUUUCAUACUGUGUCUGGUUGUUCUUGACACAGUUAGUUUGCACUUUUAAAACCUUAGAACAUCAAACGGAUUAUUGCAAUAAAACUCUGCUGCCAUCCCGUGAGCGUGCGUGCACGUGUGUGUCAUCUGUGAUGUGUUGUCGGCUAUUGUAGUGUACUAUCUUUUUGCAGUACAGAGGAUAAGUGUGUGCCAGUUUAUUUGCCCGCCUCCUCCCGUUUAGAGGGGCGGGGUUCACAUGGCACAUCAGCAUUUGAAGCUAGCAGCGGAUUAAACGUACACACACUGUUCUUCUUCUGUGUCGCUCAGUGUUGGGUGCAGAUGUGAGUUGUAGUUUUUCCUACUCCUGCCUUUGAGACGGUGCUUUCGCUGGGAGUGUUCAGAGUCUGUGUUUCUGCGGAGUCCCUGCUCUGUCUGUCUGUGUCCGCUCAGACUCAGAGGGAGCUCGGCGGCUCUGCUGGGAACAUAGGAUGUGAAUACCGAGAGCUGCACGAGGACUGAACAGCUGUUUAUCCUAUGAUAUGUGAGUAAUUCCUCUACUUUUUAGUCAUUUUUAAGCCAAGUCUCGCAUGAAUAGAUUAUAAACACAAUGUUGGUCAUGUUAUGUACCUGUUUCAACUUGCUUGCAGCUUGUGGAUUUAGGUCUUUGUGGUUGAUAUUUGUUCCAGUGACAUAUUAGUCUGAUUUCUGAGAUGCACCCAAAGUGAUUCUUGAAUUAAUACAUGCAUAUGUAAGGUAGAUGCUGAGUUGCGCCACUAGGUGUCGCUGCACAUUAAAACAAGAGUUUACUAUUGAGAAUUGCCUUUUGUCCCUCUGACACACCGUAGGGGUUGAUAUCGCGGGUGUAAUGAGCAUUUCCUUUAGAGUUCUGAUAUCAACCUUGUAGGUAAGUCACGUUAGUUUCAUGGGAAGAUAAAGUACGAAAUAUUAAGCAUAUAAGCUGUUAUAAGUUUGUUUUGAUGAGCUAUUUUGAUGACUGAAACAUUAAGCACUUGAUAGCUGUGUAAUUUGUUGAGCUAACUACUUUAUAUUUUUGGUAAAAUCUACGUUUGGAAUACGAGUGUAAUAGCGCUAACUUGAAUGAGAUGUAGCAUUGUAAUACACUUUUCUAUUUGAAGUUUACUGAGAGUUCUGAUAUCAACCUUGUAGACCCCUGUGUUGUGAAUAAACCAACGGUAUUGCCACGAUCCCGAACCCACCUGUGUCCGUGUGCAUCUCCUUACCGGCUGCCGCUGCACCCCCCGCCAGAGGUCCAUUUCACACAUAAGCAGACACAACGCAGAGUAGCCUAGCUGUGGAGGUGUUGGAGAGCCGGCAGGCGCGCGCGAGAUACAGAGAGAGGGCUACAACUUUGGUGCCGUGACCCGGAUCGUGGUGUUGCCUUACCGAAGAGGGAAUUCUACAACCAGGCUUGUAUUGAACAUUGAACCGUGAACUUUUCCUGGAGCUGACGGACAUUUGCAACUUUUUUUUUUUUUUUCAUGGUUCUGAAGCAACGUUACCGUCCCAGCUAUAUCCUUUGGAGACUGUUGUGAAUACGAAUUACUACUGCUAUUGCAUUUUGAAUAUUUUUCUAAUGGGUAAGCUGAAUUUUGAGUGGAAAUUAAUGGUAAACUGAAGCUAUUUAAAGCUAUUUGAUAUUCGAGGAUAUUUUUCUGUUUGUUUCAAGACUCAUUUAAGCUUGUGUAUUCAGCUAACUGAUAUUUAGUGACAUUUUUGAGUUGAACAUUUAAGUGAACUGACUAAGUAAUUAAGUUUAAUGGCCUAUUAAGUUAAGUUUUUAGACAUAGCUGAUAUUUUUUGGUUACUCUGGUAAUACUGAAAGACAUAUUACACUGCAUUACACACAGACAGUAUUGAAAUAUAGCAAGAUGACACAGAAUUACACUGAUUCAGCACUUGAGCUGCAAAGUCCCUCCACUGUGACGCCCAGCCUCUUACCUCCAGCUGGGCCUGAAGCAAGUGGUUCAAUGCCCCCUUUGCAACGACACGCUUUCCCAUCCUCCAUGUAUUCAGCUUAUGUGGCUCAGUACAUCACGCCAGUCCGUCCAUCCAGACAGCCGGGCUCCGGGGCUUCAGGACAGAUACCCCCGCUCUGCCUUGACAUCAGUCCUGUCACCAACCCAAGCAGCCCGACGGAGACACCGGCGAAUGCCUCUGUUCACACCCCCAGCGAGCAUGGACCCACAGCCUCCCUGCCUCCACAAAGCACCCCACACAGUGUUAGCGCUCAGAGGCCAGCGGUUCACCGGCUCCCCAUGCCCUACCCCAGAGCCACCCCCUAUGCUUUCCAGUCUGUUAGACCCAGCCCCCCAGUAUACCUAGGCUAUGCACACUCCACCCCUGCAACCCAAAUGCCUGGGCCACGUUUCCAAAUACCGUUAGCAGCAAGCAUAGCUAACCAGCCUGCUGCUAUGGGGCGGACCCCUCAAGUGCAUUUCUCUGAAACAUCUAGUAAUGUUCUGGGUUCCAGCCAUAGUGAUUCAGUGCCCCUACCCCCUGCUCAUGGGUAUGCCCCCAACACCACCCCCUAUAGCCCCCCUGUAAUGUCUGAGCAUACUGCUGCUGAUAUUCACCCCGAUCCUGCAACAUUGCCUAGCCUGUACAGUUACCCACAAGCGCCGCAUUCACAGACCCCUGUUCAAACUAGAGCCAGUGCAAGCCCCCCAGUGUCAGCCUAUGGUGGUUUCAUGCAAACGCAUCAAGUGAAAAAUGUUCCAGUCUUCACGGGUAAUCCAGACUGCAAGAUUUUAGUGGAGGACUGGGUGCGUGACAUGCAAUAUCUCCUGGAAGCGAUUGAACUCCCCAUGCACCUGCGUUUUUCCACGGUGGUGAGGCACCUGGGCGGUGAAGCCCGGAAGUUAAUUCUAAACAUACCCAUCCAUAACCAGAGCCCAGAGAAAGCAUUCGAGGAACUGAGAGCAGAGUAUGGCGACGCACGAGGGUCUUUAGACCCAUUAGCUGACUUCUAUGAGCGGAGCCAAAACCCGGGUGAGUCCGUCUGCUCUUAUGCUAUAGCGCUGGAGUCGAAACUGCGUGCUGUUGAAGAGAAGCAGAGGGGAGGCAAGCCUUUCCCCGACCGUGACAGCAAACUCACCCGCCAGUUCAUGAGAGGGCUCACCGAUGAAGAGGUGUAUAUGAGAAUAGCACCCAUGACACCUAGACUGCUGAGCUUUCGAGAGCUGCAGAAUGAGCUCCGUAACCUGGCAAGAGAAAACAAAAAGUUCCAGUCUCAAAACAAAGGGAAAAAGACUGUUACCCAAGUACAUGUUACGCCAGAGGGAGAUAGAAAUGUGAAACCUGAAAAGGUAAACCCCACUUCUGAAUUAUCAGAGUUGACUGAGAUUGUAAAGAGGCUAGCUCUUAAGCAAGAAGAACAAAUGGCCAAGUUGUCCCACCUUGAGCGGAGAAUAGCUUCACCACCCCCUACCCCCAUCCAAGCAGUUCAGCCCCCACGGGCUAGGGCAGCCCCAAGCACAAGCUUCAUCUGUUAUCGGUGUGGUAAGCUCGGCCACACCGCCCGAAUUUGUAGAGCAGUGCUGCCAGCCCCUGCCCCUGCUGGAACCCCCCAACCAAACGCCCCUGCCGUGGGGCCCACACCCCAAUCAGACCAGCCUUUAAACGCUUAAGGCCCAUGGUAGCUGGGGCAACCAUGGGCAUACAGCGAGGCCCCCAUCCACCCACAAGAGACAUUAGCACUGGAAAAGAGGAGACACCUCUAGUCGGGCCCAGGAACGAAGGAGAAGUCGAAGUCAACGGCAUGCAGUGUAGGGCUCUCAUUGACUCUGGCUCCCAGAUAACCAGCAUCACACACAGCUACUGGCAGAGCCACCCUGUCUUGCAGAGACUGAAGCUAAAGCCCUCCAAAGUACCCAUAGAGGGCGCAGCUGGCCAAACUGUGCCCUACCACGGUGUGGUGAAUAUUGACUUGAAAGUUCUUGGAAAAGAGCAUAAAGCUGUGCCUACCUUCGUAGUUCCUGACUCCGACUACCGUUCUUCAGUCCCCCUUCUAGUGGGCACAAAUGUCAUCAGAGCCUCCCGCAGCCACCUCCAAGCGUCAUAUGGCCAGCAGUUCCUCCAUCUGGUGAAAGAGAAGCAUCCAGAGUGGUACACAGCACUGCUGAAGGUGGGGAGCGCCGAGCAAAGUGAAAUGCAUGAUGUGGUAGGUCCUGCUGUGUACACCGGCCGUAAAGUACGCAUUCCUGCGGGUAAGGAGAUGGAUUUGAGAUGCAAGAUUAAAGAUGGUCCUCGGAGAAAGAUCUACACUGCCCUGAUUGAGAGCCAGGCCUCGGUGCGUCUUCCCCAAGACCUCCUGGUUGCCAAAGUUCUUGUUGAUGUAAAGGGAGGAUGUGCUCCAGUUAGAGUGAUGAACCUGUCCCAGCGUGUCAUAACUAUUAAGCCCCACACAACCCUGGCCAGUGCCGUCCUGAUACACCGCGUUCUGGAGUUUCCUGAGAACGAGGGGGGGGGGCCUGGGAACAAGGAGGCAUGCCUCAGCCUGGGACAAGUGGUGGCGAGCUGUGGUGUGGACCUAAGUGACGCGGCAGUGGGGACCGAAGAUCAACGCACCAGUCUGGAAACACUGCUAAACAAGAAUGCGGAUGUGUUCUCGCAGCACUCCCUGGACUAUGGCCACACCACAACCAUACAGCACGAGAUCCCACUGGUAGACUCAAGGCCUUUCCGAUUACCCUACCGUAAGAUACCCCCAUCCCAAUGGCAAGACGUGCGGCGCAUGUUAACUGAGAUGGAGGCAACCGGGGUCAUCCGUCCAAGUAAAAGCCCUUAUGCCUCACCAGUGGUCGUCGUGACCAAGAAAGAUGGGUCAUUAAGACUCUGUAUUGACUACAGAAAGCUUAACUCCUGCAGCACCCGAGAUGCGUUUCCUCUACCAAGAAUUGAGGAGGCCUUAGAGUCGUUAGGACAAGCUAAAUACUUCUCCACGCUCGACCUGACCUCCGGUUAUUGGCAAGUGGAGGUAGCGGAACACGACAAGCACAAGACAGCCUUUAGCACUCCCAUGGGGCUUUUCGAGGCCAACAGAAUGCCAUUUGGGCUUCAAAACGCCCCCUCCACAUUCCAGAGGUUAAUGACCUGUUGCUUCGGUGACUUGAACUUUACGCAUCUACUUAUUUAUUUGGACGACAUAAUUAUUUUUUCUUCGACCUUCAGUGAACACCUAGACCGACUGCAGUGUGUCUUCAAUCGGCUUAGAGAGCAUGGCUUGAAGCUUAAGCCGUCAAAGUGCCAGUUCGUGAGAAAGGAAGUGAACUACCUGGGUCAUCUGGUGUCGGCAGACGGCAUCAGGACGGACCCGGAGAAGAUCAGCCGUGUCAAAGACUGGCCGAGGCCUACAGACCGCAGGGAAGUGCUUCAAUUCCUUGGGUUUGCUGGCUACUAUAGACGCUACGUCAAGUCAUACUCCAGUCUAGCUGCACCCUUGUACCGCCUCACCUCGGGAGACCCUAGAAGCAAGAAGAGAGGGGCCCAGAAGAAUCCAGCCCCCGAUCCGACCUUUCUGUGGACUUCUGAGUGUGAGGAGGCAUUCCUGGCGUUGAAAGAGAAGCUGACCAAUGCACCGGUCCUGGGCUAUCCAGAUUACAGCCUGCCCUUCCUGCUGCAGACUGACGCGUCGAGAGAUGGGCUUGGGGCUGUGCUUGCACAGAUCCAGGGUGGAGCAGAGAGAGUUGUCGCUUACGCUAGCAGAGGCUUGACCCCACCUGAGACGAGAUAUCCUGCGCACAAGCUCGAAUUCCUCGCUCUUAAGUGGGCGGUCACAGACAAAUUCCAUGACCACCUUUAUGGACGCAAGUUCUCUGUGCUAACGGACAACAACCCUCUGAAGUACGUAAUGAGCACUGCCAAACUCGACGCCACUGGCCAGCGGUGGGUUUCUCACCUGUCAAUCUUUGAUUUUGAUAUCCAGUAUAGGAGGGGCCAAGACAACUCUAACGCCGACGCCCUUUCACGCAUGUCCAACCAAGAGGUCAGUGAAGUCCUGCAAACUUGCCCCCAGCAAGUGGUAGCUGAUGUACAGGGGCAGAAUGAGACACGUGGCACCCAGGAAGUGGAGGAGUCCUCCGGGGAAACUGCUGCUUCUAUGGAGGCGCCAGAGAGUGGCCAGCUGCUGGAGCCGAGUCAACCCUAUGGAGACGUGGGAAUGGAGGCACUGCCCGCUAUGACAACACAGGAGAUUCGGGCAGCGCAAAGAGAAGAUCCGGACAUUGGUCCAGUCCUGCACUUCAAGUCCCGCAACCGGAAACCAAGCCGCACCGAGAGGGUGGAAGUGGGUGCAAGUGGGGGCCUUCUCUUAAAAGAGUGGAGGAGAUUAGUGGUGAAGAAUGGUGUCAUUUACCGGCGGGUCCGUGACUGCCAUAGAGGAGAGUUGGAGCAGCUAAUACUGCCACAGAGGCUGCGUGUAGCUGUUAAAACUGCUCUUCAUGAUGAUUCCGGACAUUUAGGAUUUGAGAGAACAUUGCAGAUGAUACGUGAGAGAUUUUAUUGGCCAAGAAUGUUUCAAGAGAUUAAAGCCUGGUGUGAGCAGUGUGAGCGAUGUUGCCUGAGAAAGACUCCCACAGCUAACGUCAGAGCUCCCCUAGUCAGUAUACACACCAGUGCCCCCAUGGAGUUAGUCUGCAUGGACUAUUUGACGCUUGAGAAGUCCAAAGGUGGCAUUGAAAAUGUGCUCGUUGUCACUGACCACUUCUCCCGUUACGCGCAGGCCUACCCCACCAGGGACCAAAAGGCGGGCACAGUGGCAAGAGUAUUGUGGAGGAACUACUUCAGUCGUUUCGGCUUCCCUGCAAAGCUGCAUUCGGAUAGGGGGCGCAACUUCGAAAGUGCUAUUGUGAAAGAGCUGUGCAAGUGUACCGGCAUUACUAAAACACACACGUCGCCCUACCAUCCUCAGGGGAAUGGGACCACCGAGAGGUUCAACCGUACCCUGAUGAAUAUGCUGGGGACACUAAAGCCGCACUUGAAGCCUCGGUGGCACGAACACUUGGAUGCCAUGACACAUGCAUAUAACUGCUCACAACACGACUCCACCGGGUAUAGCCCGUACUACCUGAUGUUUGGUAGGUACCCACGGCUCCCGAUUGACCUGAUUUUCGGGUCCCCCACCGCAAAUCAGCCCUGUGGAUACCACGAGUAUGUCCAGACUCUGCAUGAUUCUUUGACGGAGGCUUAUACCCUGGCUAACCAAACAUCUCAGCAUGCUAAAGAGCAGCAGAAAAAGUACUAUGAUCUGAAAGCCAGAAGUGAAGACUUUGCUGCUGGGGACCGAGUCUUAGUCAAAGUUUGCCAUGUGGAGGGGAGACAGAAACUGGGAGACCGGUGGGAGUCACGCCCAUAUGUCAUUGUCAAGAAGCAGCCCAACGUACCUGUUUAUGUGGUGAGACCGGAGAAUGGAGGACCGGAGAGGGUGCUGCACAGAAACCUCCUUACCCAGUGCAUGUUCCUGCCUGUGGAUCGAAGUAACCUAGUCUUGGAGGAGAGCCAGCUGGAUAAUGAACCGUGUGAGACUGGUGUUGAUCUGGGUGAAGAUGACAGUAUGGAGGAAGUGGAAGAUGGAGCUUUGACUGGAGCAGUUGGGGGAGAAGAGCACCCCAGCACCGAACUGACCGACACAGAGACACAAGGGGAUAUGCUGGUGACCAGUGGUGGUGCCUCUUCCUCUCGAGGCGUUGACACUCCAAGGAGAAGGCCGAGAAGGAGUCGACGUCCUCCCCUGAAACUGUCUUUAGAGUGCCGGGCCAUGGAAGUGGAAAGUGACCAGCAGAAGAUAGAGAGAGGAAGAAAGUUGUGGCAAAGGGCCAAAGCAAGAAGAGCAGCUGGACACAUUUAGGGCCACGUAGUGCACACACCUAGAUGAGUCAGCUCCCCCACACACACAUUUUCUACACACUUUAUACACACACACACACACUUGUCACAUAUUUGUUUAUUUUUGAAGUUCUUUGAGUUACCUCAUGAGUCUCUUUUGAAUGAGUCUGAUGGCGGGGACGCCAUCUCUUAAAGAAGGGGUGGGUGUAAGGUAGAUGCUGAGUUGCGCCACUAGGUGUCGCUGCACAUUAAAACAAGAGUUUACUAUUGAGAAUUGCCUUUUGUCCCUCUGACACACCGUAGGGGUUGAUAUCGCGGGUGUAAUGAGCAUUUCCUUUAGAGUUCUGAUAUCAACCUUGUAGGUAAGUCACGUUAGUUUCAUGGGAAGAUAAAGUACGAAAUAUUAAGCAUAUAAGCUGUUAUAAGUUUGUUUUGAUGAGCUAUUUUGAUGACUGAAACAUUAAGCACUUGAUAGCUGUGUAAUUUGUUGAGCUAACUACUUUAUAUUUUUGGUAAAAUCUACGUUUGGAAUACGAGUGUAAUAGCGCUAACUUGAAUGAGAUGUAGCAUUGUAAUACACUUUUCUAUUUGAAGUUUACUGAGAGUUCUGAUAUCAACCUUGUAGACCCCUGUGUUGUGAAUAAACCAACGGUAUUGCCACGAUCCCGAACCCACCUGUGUCCGUGUGCAUCUCCUUACCGGCUGCCGCUGCACCCCCCGCCAGAGGUCCAUUUCACACAUAAGCAGACACAACGCAGAGUAGCCUAGCUGUGGAGGUGUUGGAGAGCCGGCAGGCGCGCGCGAGAUACAGAGAGAGGGCUACACAUACAUACUAGUUUUGCUUUCAGUUUGGUACAUCAGAGCAGUAAACUACAACAUUUCUUACUUUUGUCUUGUUCCCACUCUGUUUUUCUUAUCUUAACUUUGUCUUUUUUAAAUAACUUUGACUUUAUAGAGACUACAUAGGAGUUGCUACAUCUUGUCAACGAAUCAAAGUAAAUGUGAGUGAUGCGGAUAUUUGUCAAAACCUCUAACCUCUAGGUUACACUCCCCUGAACUGUAUCUGACAUUGAAAAGAUAUUUUUUUUUAUGUGUUUGCACAAAAAAAUUAUCAAUGCUCACUCCAGCCCCAGCAACGGAAUAAAUAUUUCAACAUAACUUGCAAAUUAAAAAUACAGCAGCUCCCUCUCUGACUUACAUUAUGCAUCGUUGCAUUCUUGUCUGUGAUUGGCUGUAGCUCCCCAUCUCUCUGUGUGGCAACAGCCUUCUCAUCCACCCAGCAACUCCCUAUUCCUCAUGCUGUGAUGAUUCUCUGCCUCCAAGGGCCUUUUCUGCAGCAUCCAGCGUGGUAGCCAUGGCAACGGCAGCCUGACCCCGGGUGUGUGCUGCUUCGGUUACUACAGGCUUGACCUGAAUUCCUCACUGCAUCCUAGGCAGGCACACAUGACUUGGUUAACUGACCUGCUUCUCAUUGUUAGCAGUCAAGGAGCAUGUGGAGUCAAUAAAAGCCGAGGUGCCAGUGGUUUCUGCGUUUCAUGGUACAGCAAACUCCCCCAUCAUUGGCCUUGUGUUCUCAGUGGAGUGUGCAUAAUGUUAUCUGAUGUGCAUCUCUCUCAGGUAUAGUCAUUUGCAUUUGUAAAUGCAGCAGACAUGAUAAAGCUGCCGAAAGCCUCUGUAAUCUGAUCAAACAGCUGCUUGCAGCAGAGUCCCAAAUAGGAGGUUACUACAACCUGGUGAGGUUUUCAGCCAAACUGAUGGAAAAAAUCUCCAGUUUCUUCUUCUGUGGUGACACAGUCAGCGGAUUUUCUUUGUCCUGUGGUUGUCUUACUGGAUUCAAUUUAGCACUGAUAUCAAUUUUUAAACUAGAAUGACUCUAAGCAGCAGUGAUGAGAGUGCAAGCAUGCAGGUCAUGGCUGUAAUUUCUUAUUGAUGGGGUUUUGUUUUAAUGGGUUUUAAGAAGCAAAGCUUUCAUUCUCUUUGGAGUAAUCUUCUACGUCACUGUUUGGUUGAGGUAGAUGAAAAUACUCAUAGAAAUCUUUCAUUUAGCUAAGAGCUUUGAGGGUUAUAAAGUAGAGGGCUUCCUGUUUUUCUGGAUCAUUUUAAGAAUUUUGAUCACAUGCUAAGCCAUUUCUGGAAUAGAUGCAAACUUUUUAAAGCUGUUUUUUUUUUUUAGUAUAACCCAGAUGUCAAUGAGAGUCAUUAUUUAUGUCCAAGUCUUUGGUGUGUUUUUUUCUCCCACCCAGAAAUUUUGGUGCUUCUAGGUCUCAUAGUUUUUGUAGCAAAUCUCCUGUCCUGGAGGACUCAACUGUGUUAAAUUUCGAAUCUUUAUUAAUAGUAUUUAAUACACAAGUGCGAUGCAGUCUUUCACACCAUUUAAUAAGAUAAAUUUACAAUGGAAAUACUUAGUGUAUUUAAUAGUAGCUUGUUAUUAGUAACAGUGAUACACUUUGAAAUAAGCCACACAUCUUUCUGCUGAUUCAGGGAUAUUACCACAUGGUUUGGCACUGAUUAAAGGAUGUUUAGAAUAUUUGGUAUGUAGGAAUCUUUAGUGAAUGUAGAAUAUAAAAACUCUUUUUAUUUUAUUAUUCUUAUUGUGAUGUCUUGAGAUCUUGAUCUCAAUGGGUUUGUUACCUGGUUCGAUAAAGGUUAAAUAAAAAAAAUAAUACAAAAUAAAUGUUUCCUAGAAAUGUGGUAAUUAAGUUGAUGUAUUAAAAAAAUGUGUAGUAUUUGGCUAACCGUAUAGAUUUGAUGUUGAACAUCAUUAUCACCACAUGCCUACAUGGGACAUUAGCUCACAACCGUAAUGAUACACACCCUUAGUGGCUUUCUCCUGUCCAUGCUGUGUGUGAUUAUGUAAAACAAUACGAUAGAAAAAGUGUGUAAUGAUGUUAAAAUUCUGUUUCCACAUUGUGUCUGUCCUUGUUCUCAUGUGUUUGGGUCACAGUAACAGCUCGGGACACGUUUACGUCUUUUGUGUGACAGACAAACUGUAGAAGAUUGAAGGUAGGGUUUGGUGGAGUUGGGGAAACAGAGUUCAUUCAUAGGCUACAGUCCUACACUGCUGUCAGAAAAUGAAAUCGUUCAUGGAGCGCUCCCUGUACAGCUCACUGCUCAGCUGUAGGCUCCCUGUGGUGUCAGCUUGUUGUUGCAGCCAGACUGUGUGGGAGUGUCUAUUUCUGUCCUUUCUCCAAGGAACCGCUCUCUAACUCCCUUUCACUUUGCCACUCCAUGCAGGAGUCAGUUCAGUCGGCCUCUGUAGUUCCUCAGCCUGCCUGUCUGUCAUCGUGAGGCCUUCUCUGCGGCUUAUUUUGCACACUGAUGAGUGCUAAGUACCAACUAAGAGGAAUAGCCAUUGACUUCCAGUCACUGCCGAUGAAUCAAUCUGAGCAUCUUGACUUCAUUAGUCAGGCAGUUGUUCACUUCAUUAAUUCUCAUUGUUGAGCCGUUUCAGGUUGCUGUGCCAAACAUUCCCUGGCAUUCCAAAAGUGAUGAUUUGUGUUUGUGUCCCACAUGACAUUAAACUGAGUUUUGUGGAGUUUUAGAUUGAACAGGCUACUUACAUAUAUCAUUUGGGGCUUUUUGGAGCUGUUAUAUUCAAUGGUAAAAAAAUACCUGUUAUCUAACCGACAGAAAUGAUAAACAAAGGGUAUUAUUGCCAUCCAAAAUGAAAAGAAACAUGGAGUACUAGCUCAAACAACAUGUAACAUUGUGUAUCUUAUACCAAGCAUUAUGUGCUAACAUUGAAAUGUGAACUACAGAAAACCCUCUCCUAAAAAAAGAUAUUCGAACGCACCAAAAGUAUUUUUGUCGGCAACUAAAAAUACUGACUAAUAAGAUUCAACAAAAUAGAACAAAAAUAAACAACUGUGAGAAGAAGAAGAGGGAGCUGCAGGAUGCUCUGAAAAUGCCAGUCUGCCAAGAGCAGCAUUUUCACGGUACAUGUAAGCUGUGUCCAGUAUGUCCAGCAUGUAUUCAAGUAAGGUGAGUUGACAGGGUAUGAUCGUGUGAAAGCAGUAGGAGCAGCUGGCUGCAGGUGUCUGCUCUGACCACAGGACAGGCAGUUACACUGAGGCUGCUUUUCUUUAUUCUCUGUGUUUUUCUCUUUUUAAAGCCUUCUAUUGUCUGUGGGUUUUGGGGCCAGGAAGGUCUGGCUGCCCUGGAACCAUGUGAGUCACUCCCAAACAAUGCGAUUCUCUGUCUUCUCUCUCUACAUUGCUAAAGCAGCCUUGAAUCAAUGAAGAACUUACUGCCAGUGACCCACAUUGGCUUGUCUCAUGAUGAUGGGGUGUCAGUAGUGUUUAGCCAGCUUUGUUGGGAAUGACAUGAGAACUCUCUGCGGUAACUACCAUGAUGGAGAAUCAAUAGAUGGCACCAGUGCUCAUGUUUGAGUUUUGUAGUCUGUACACUGUUAUUUUAAAGCAGCUGCUUGUUGUGUGUUGUAGAUGUGAUGGACCAGCAGAGGGUGCUGCAUUCGGGUUGCCUGGUCUCAGGGGUUCGUACUCCUCCUGUCCGCCGCAACAGCAAGCUGGCGAGCCUGGGGCGAAUCUUCAAGCCGUGGAAAUGGAGGAAAAAGAAAAACGAGAAACUGAAGCCCACAGGGGGUGAGUAUGACUUAAUUCAUGUGCUGCUGCCAAAUAUUCAAAGUUAUGGACUCGCUUAGAGGUGACAAACUUAAAGGCUACAUGUUUACAUUUGGCAUGGAGUCAGUGAAUCAGUUUUAAUAAUGUGUUUUGAUAUUUAGCGGGAGAGAAGAAGGCAGCUGUACGUCAGAAGAGAGAUGACCCCGCAAGGAAGAACCCUGGAGAAACGGAGACAGGUGCAAAUUGAGAAAUGAGCACACGUACACACCCUUACUCUGAGCUGAUCUCGGUUCACUUGUUCAGCCACAUGAUGCCCCAACUGCUACACACACUCACUUCUGUGCUUUUUUUCACUGUGCACCAUAUGCAGAGUCAGAUCUGGCUUGUGGGGGUAACGCUGAAGACCCAGAAACCCCAAAUCACUCUGAUGCUGAGGAGAGAGACGAGGAGCUUGUUGCACCUCUUGCCAACACCAAUGAAGACCAAAGCAGCGACUUAGAGGCAUCAACAGGUAGACUUUAGCGCUGAAUAUCUUCUUUAGUGUUUUUUGUGAAUGUGAUGCUGCAAUUGAUAAUCAUAUGUGCUGACAACACAAGGACAGUAUCAAAAAAUUCACUCUUUUUGAGUUUGAUGGCAGCAACACAUCCCUAAAAAGCUGGUUCAGGAUCAUAUUUUAUGCUGUGUUACUGUGUUUUGAAUAACACUUCAUGGGUACUGAGGACACUGACUGUUGAAGCUUUGGAGGUCAACUCUUUCACAUUCCUGAUUGAUGGACCACUUCAGCUGAUCUACAGUCCGAGGUCUCUGUUGUGGUAUUUUUGGGUAAUGCUCAACACAUUAUAAAGUUGUUCAUGUUGCUCCUAAACUUGUAUGAGCCAUAGACUGUACACAGAAUAGACGCCAUCUGCCUCAUUGCUGGAUGAAGCCAUUAUGAGAACAGCACCCUCUGGUGACGGGCUGCAGUAUAGGUCAUAAAUCCCGCCUCUGCCAGCAAAGCUUAUGGAGCUGUGGACAAACUUUAGAAAUUUAUUACACAGAAUAUAAAUAUUUCUCCCCCUGCUUGUGAUGUUGACAUGUAGUUAUUGUCAGACUGUUUUUUUCUAAAGUCAUCUUUUUUCUGUGCAGCUCCGUUUUAAAAAGUUAUUAGGGGGUUCAUGUUUUCUAUGAUUGACAUUUGAUGCAGCCUAUGGACGUAUGAAGAUUGUGUAGCUAACCCGGGGGAUACGCUGUUUGGGCUGAGCGUCAUUACAGUGACUCUUGGCGACUGUCCCGCUGAGUGUGUACAACGCUGCUGCACAUUGUUGGUUUCAGGAAGUGGAGAAAAAACGCAGAAUUACCGAGAACUUUUCGGCUUCAAAUGCGUAAACUGGCGGAAGGCAGAACCAAGUUGUCCAUAGUAUAAACAGUCUAUGGUAUGUACUUUUUAGCACUAAUGGAGCCUUGACAGCUGUAACACUUAGUGAUGGGCACUAACACCCCCCCAGAACAUCACAGGCACUGGCUUUGACCUUUGACCUGAGAACAGUCUGGAUGGUCCUUUUCCUCUUCAGCCCGGUGGACACCACCAAUGAUUUCUCUGGAUUCAAAUCUUUAAAAUUUCUGCAGUUGUUCGUUGAGAAACGCUUUUAAACUGUUUGACUAUUUGCUUACGCAGUUGUUGACAAAGCGGUGAACCUGGCUCCGUCCUUGCCUGUGAAGGACUGAGGCGCUGUUUGUACGUACCCGGUUAUUUUUAAAAACAGAGACAUUAACCGUCGUUUGCACCCUGCGUUUAGAUGCAAACAGAGAAUUUGCCCCUGAAAAAUGAUGUUUUUUUAAAAACGGCCAGAGUGGAGAUUUUGGGGAAACUCUGUUUGCAUGUAAACAGAGAAAAACAGAGAUUUGGGUAGCCAACAGCAGAUUGUGCGCAGGAAAGAAGGAAGUAGCUGUGUCCGAAUUGCCAAGUAGUAGUCGAAGUAGUAUCUAGCAUGUCCGAAAUGGCCACCGGAGCGAGUAGCAUGCUACUUCAGAUACUACUUAAGAUACUAGACACGCCCACAUUGUAGGUUGGUCGCGGUGCAUCCUACGCCCAAAAUGCACCGCAGGCUUCUUCUUCGUCCUCUUAAAAGUUGUAGAAGCGCAUGUGAUGCUAGCGCCACCAGCAUAGAUGUGUCGCGAACGCCGGCUGGCCACAGCAGCGCGCACCAUGGCGGUUUCAUGCAACUUCACACACUGUCCUAAAAAAUGUGCGGUUGUAUCUCUUUGUCAUGUCAUGGUGUCAUAUUUGCCCAAGUAAUCAUUUUAUGAGCAAAUAUGUGGCGACAUCAUGGAAGUAAAGCUCACUUAUUCCAUCAUUAAACUGAACAGCUGCAGUACUACAGCCAGGCCAGCAGAUGAGGGGCUUCAGUUACCACUGUCUGCACGGGCGCAGUACCUACUCUCUGCCUGCGGGGGCCACCGCUCAUCUAGUGUGUCCGAAUGGGGCCAACGUGUUUAGUAUGUAGGAGUAGGAUCUAGAAGUAGUAUGUAGCAGUAGUAUGUAGUAUCCGAGCGGGCAAUUCGGACACAGCAAGUGACAUUGUUGUUGUUGUUGCUGCUGCUAUGCGGGAUUCUGAUUGGCCAAUGUGGGCUUGAGCUUCUCACUUCACUGCCACCCACAGGUUUGGCAUGCUCUUUACGGCAUAUAUGCACAGGUUAGUGUAAACAAAAUCCCCCCGAAGAGCUGGUGGAAGUGGCUGGGGUGAGGGCCGUCUGGGCUUCCCUCCUGAAGCUGCUGCCCCCGCAACCCGGACCUGGAUGAAGCGGAAGAAAAAUGAAAAUGGAGAGGGUGAAAUGUCCGUUUAUGAAAAUAGCUGAGUCUUUCAGAGGUGCUCCUUUUGAAACCAGUCAUGACCCUCACAUGUUUUCACUGAACCUGUUCACCUGUGGAAUGAUCCAAACAGGUGUUUUUGGAGAGGUCCUCAGUUUCCAGUCUUUUGUUGACCCUGAACCAACUUUUCAGGUACAAGUUACAGCAUCAAAUUCAAGAUGAGUGAAUCUUUGCAAAAAAACAAUGAAGUUUAUCAGUUUGAACCUUAAACGGUCUAUGUAAAGUGUUCAGUUGAAUGUAGGUGGAAAAGAAUGUGUUACUGUAUUCUGUUUUUAUUCACAUUUAACACAACAUCCAAACUUCACUGGAAAUGGGGUUUGUAAAAAAAAAGAUCCUCCUGGCUCAUAUAACCUUGAAAUAAAGGUACCAAUAUUUGCUUUAAUAGAUGAGCUGAGGAAACCGAAACUAGAAAUAUAAAGACAUAGCCAACUAAGCUAACUGUAUUCCCCUGUGCUACAGAAUGUCGUAGUGAGAUGAAGUGCUGUCUGUAAAAAGGGCUUGCUUGAAUGAUUCAGAUGAGCACAACCAAAGGUAACAUCUGAGUUCACUGCCACCACGGGAACUGCUGACUGAGUGGGAAAAGGUCAACUCAAACAGCUGUCAGCUGAAGGGAACAAGUAGCUUCUUCUUAUUUUAACUUCACUGUUAACACACUGAGAGCUGCUCUACCAUGAAAUGUGCACUGAACAGUGAAUGAAUCAUUUCAGACACAGCUCCAACUGAAAGCUUUCUGUGGAGGGUUAUGAGAGCUGAUGAGAGGGCUCUUAGGCUUUUGAUUUGGUUCUUUUGUGUACAUACAAUGCAAGGUUUGUUACAUUUACUAUUUUAUAGGUUGUCUAGUGUGUUUAAUUACUUUUUUAUUAUUUGUGCAAACACUUAACGGUGAUUCUGUUUUUAAAAUGUCUCAAUUUGAGCCUGAAGGUCCUCCUUGUUCAGCUGAUGACAGCUUCUGGUGGAGACGCAGUGUCUCUGAUUGUCCACUAGGUAGUGACAAAGACUUCUUGAACUAACCAAACCACUGCCUUACCAGAAAUGACAUUUCAUCUCAUUUCAGUACAAGACCUGACUGAGGAUACAAAGACGGGGGGAGAUGUCAGUCAGGCUGAAAAUGGAGAAGAUGAAAGCCUGUCACAGAGUGAACCCAUCGAUGAGCAGCUGGUCGGGAAAGUGGAGUCCGUUGAAGUUAAACCAGAAACGACGGCAGCCCUUCCUCAGAGACGAGCCAGCACAUCCAAUCCACCCAACAGGCCGGUCAAACUGCUCACAAGACUGGGCAGCCUGGACGGUGAGGUGACCCAGAACAUAAUGAGAAAAGGUAGUUUUGAUCUGCAGCAGUGUCUAACUUUGAGGAUCUCUUCAGGUGCUCCUCGAGUCCCAGUGAAAAAGUCCCCAGCCACCCUACCCAGGAACUUCACUCUACCCAAAGAUCCUCAUGGAUCCCUGUUGAGAGGGAGGAUGUCCACACCCACAGGAUCCCCCCACCUUGGCUCACUCCACCAGCAGCUGCCCCCUAGCUGUAUUAUUGAGGAACUGCACCGUGCACUGGCCACCAAACACAGACAGGACAGGUCAGACUUUGUUUUUUGUGUAGUUUCAGCUCAGCAAGUAUGAUCCCAUGAUAUUUAUGAUGUUGGAUACAUUUGCAGAAAGCAUUUUCCUGGUACAAAUCCAUUAAUAAAGGGUAGAAUAUUAGUAUUGCUACUCUGGAAUAAGCCAGGACAACAGUGACAACAAAUAACAAUCCAAGACCAUGAUUUUACCAUAAUUUUUGCAUACAAUUAUAUUUUAAUUUAUAAACACCUCCACAGGUUUUGCUUUUUGUUUUGAUCAGAAAAACACAGUCUGUUGACUGAUAGGUCAAUUGAUGAUUUGAAGACCUGACCUUUCUAAGUGUUAAUUUCAGGAAGGUAAAUGUUUUUUCAGUUUCUUAAACACUGCUCAAGCUCCACAUGUUUUUCAUUUUCAAGAAACAAUGUCCAGGAUCUUGUGCUGUUGAGUUAAACCAAAGGUUACAUAAUCAGCCAUAACAUCAUAAAUACUUUGGUAACUGACAAUUACCCACUACAAAAGCUUGACCCUGGAUUUUGCUGUCUGGAAGAUUAAAAAUAUUCAGUUUUUUUUUAUAUGAACAGAUGAGACUAUUGUGCUGUACAUUUAUUAUUGAAGAUGUAAUGGGUAGGUGGUGGUACACUGAAGUGUAGGGCUGCCACAAACGAUUAAUGUGAUAAUCGACACGACUACGAUUAUUUUUGCGAUUAAUUGGAUCGUGUAUUUUUAAUUUUUUCAUUACCGUUUUUAAUCACAAUGGGACCAACCUGGUUAAAUAAAGGUUACAUUUAUAAUAAUUUAUAAAUAUAUUUAUAAAUAUAUAUAUGUAUGUAUAUACAGUAUAUAUAUAUACAUAUACAUGAAGUACUCCACCAUUUUUAUUUUUGAUAAAGAUAAAAGAGACAGCAGAUUAAACAGAUGACUAAUUUUCUGUCAUACAGAGCCAGUUUGUUUAUUUCCUACUAACUUUUACUCUUUGAUCAAUAUUAAGAAGGCCAGCUCAGAUUACCUUGAUUUUUAUUAAACAGGCUUUUCCUUUUAAUAUUGUAAGCCUUAUAAGUACUUGGGAGACUAACACUAAUCCUUAAAGGGGAUCAUGGCCAACCAACUGAAAAUGACUGUAAUGAAUGGAUUUGUACAUACAGUCAUGGAAAGAACAGGCUUGCAUAGUCUUAUUCCGAUAACUCCAGCCCUCUUUCGUUUAUCAUAUUUGAUUGUUAUUAUUACCGUCCGUUAACUCACUCAUCUCAGGAGUUCUGCUUCAUGUUGCCUGGACACAAAGAAAAAGGUUUAGUAGACUUGGCUCCGUUUUUUGUAAUCCACCCAAGUUUGUGUGCCAGGAAACUCAGAGAUUUAACACUGAGGCCCUCUUCUUUUUCUAACUACAGAGGGGUCGAUAUCCAGAUUAUAAUUCAGAAGAUGUUUGAGGUGAAUUUGAGUUGCUCUUAUUGACUUUACAUCCUUGAUUUGUUUUUGGCUUUUGUGGGUGACUGCAGUUACAGAAGUGACUCUUUCAUUAAACUGCGGUUUAUUUUUAGUUCCACCACCCCUUGGUUUUUCUCUCGCAGUUGUACUUGUUUUCAGAGCUGCAAAAAAAGAAGUGGUUGAAAGUAACUCUACACUUUCUCAUCAGAUAGAAACUUAUAAGUGUCUCUGAAUAAAAUGAUUUUGUGUUUGACAGGCUUGUCUUGUGUGGUCUCAGUUUUCAGAACAAGGAAGCCCGCUCGUCUCUGAAGCGCCGGCUGGAUGGUCGUCUGUCCCGCGCAUCCAGCACAGAGAAGGAGCCGGCCGGGGAGUCAGAGAGCAAGAAGGAGUCUGAUGAGAACAAAGAGAACUGGCGUCUGAACGAAUACUUGAGUGACCAGGACAGCUGGAACGAGUCUGUGAUCUCUGGUAGGUCUGCUGACAGCAGAAAUUCAGUAGCUGCUCCUGUCAUGUGCAAAGAGCCCACGCAAUUCAAGCACCCUGUUACUGCGUAAUGAAGCAGCAUAAUCUCUGCUGAUAUUUGUUGACAGUGAGAGCAUGACAGGGAGAUUUACAAUGAUGACCAAUGGCAGACUUUCUGGUGUUAAGUUUCAGCGGCUCAUCAACAUCUGCUCUGACGGCCUAAUUCUUGGCCACUGAUGUGGGUCAUUGGUACACCACCAGCUGGGGAUAAUAUGUCUGUGACCAUACGGGGGAGAGGGUAUUAAAAAAAUGUUUGAAUGAUAGACUUAUAAAAGAUAGGGCUUGAUACAAAUAUGUAAUCAUAAAAGAGGAGAUGACUGCAGAGAAGAGAGAGAGAGAGAGUGGUUUGAACCUAAUUUUGUCAGCUAAAUUAGGAUGCAUUUUUACUCUAUAAUCCAAAGAGGUUAUCAGUUGAUUUAGCUCAAUCUUUUAGUGAACCUCAGUCUAAAAUCACCCAAGAGCUCAUACUCACAUAAUAAUGUGCAUUUGGUGUGAAAAAUGACACUUUCACUUGUUAACCCUGGGGCACCUUGAAUAGCUCUUCUCAUCAGGGGGGGCUUCCUGUGAAAGAUUUGCCAUACAUCUCAAGUCUUCAUUUGUACAUUUUCAUUCUAGAUCAGGGAAAUAGAAAUGAAAAACUUAAUUUGCAAUUUGAGUGAUGUUUGAUAUUAUUGUAUGGGUGUUCAACCCCAACAUGAUGCCAAAAUGAGAAGAGCUUAAAGGGAUAUUCCGGCAUAAAAUUAAGUUAGGGUCAAACACACCGUAACGCUGAGUUAGACACUCCCUUGAGAGAUGAAUGUUGCCGACUGCUUGCUUCUCCAGUUAUACCAACUUCCGCAAUGACCGCACAAUAGCAAUACACAGCGGUCUACAUCUCCAUGCGCAAACCUCGACCAAAAAGCCACUCUAUAGCCACAAAUAAUGCUCAGAACAACACCUAACUUCAUCAACAGUACGUAACAUCUUUUUAGCUUUGCCCUGUUUCUUUGGCAAAGAGACCAAACACAACUCACCCACUCUCCUUCAGCAGCCGCUUUUUUUUUGGGGGAGCCCUGACGAGUCGAUCACAGAGUGCAGCGGAGUUUCGCAGCUCAAGGAAGAACAUUACUGAUCAUUGCUUCAUGGAUAUGCAAUCAAACCGAGACGCUAAGGCAGACGAACUACUCCAAAUUGAUCGUGAUAAUGAUUAUUACUCCAUGAAAUUGAUCCACUGCACUCUGCGAAUGUCUCAUCAGGGCUCCCCCACAAACAAGCGGCUGCUGGAGGAGGGCGGGUGAGUUGUGUUUAGUCUCUUUGCUAAAGAAACCAGGCAAAGCUAAAAAGAUGUUUGAUGGUUAGUUCUAUGGCUAGGACCCUAUAUGUACUGUUGAUGAAGUUAGGUGCUGUUUUGAACAUUAUUUGUAUCUAUAGAGUGGCUUUUUGGUUGAGGUUUGCACAUUGGAGACGUAGAACGCUGUGUAUUGCUAUUGUUGUUAGUAAAGUUGGUAUAACUAGAGAAGCGAGCAGUCGGCAACAUUCAUCUCUUGAGGGGGUGUCUAACUUAGUGUUGCGGUGUGUUUGACCCUAACCCUAUUUUAUGCCGGAAUAUCCCUUUAAGAAUAGUAAUACAGCAUAAAUCCUCAAAGAGUGUUAAAGUCAAAGAUCUCUGUUAUACCUAAAAUUUGAAGCUGGAGUCGAGUGGAAGUUGAAUUGCAAUAAACAAAGCAUGCACACAGGCUUUGACUGAUGUGAAAGAAACCCUUAUAUACUGAAUUUGGCAGCAAAUGAUUUCAUAUUAAUUAACAGCCUGGAGAAUUUAUUGUUCUUUAUUUAAUUCUUAUUUACUUGAGAACUAAAUAAAAGGUGAACAUUUUUAUGAUGUGAGCUCCACACGAAACAAACUUGACUGCAUAGUGAAUGUUGAAAUGAGAAAACCAGGGGCAAAUGUGAAAACUAAAGCAGGUAUUUGGAUAUGUAUUUAAUUAAUAAGGUGUUAGCUCUUGCAAGAGGACACAAAGGCACGCUGUGUGGUUAUUAGGAGCAGUUCAGGGGGCUAAGCUGGAGAACUAUGUUUGGCAGCUUAAAAUGCACUGUACUUAUUUAACCUUAAUGCAUGUCCAACAACAACUACAGGGACCCUCCCACGCAGAAUGAGGAAGGAGCUGCUGGCCGUGAAGCUUCGGAACCGGCCCAGCAAGCAGGAGCUGGAGGACCGCAACAUCUUCCCCGUCCGCAGUGACCAGGAGCGUCAGGAAAUCCGCCAACAGAUAGAGAUGAAGCUGGCCAAGUGAGUCUGUGUGGACCCAGAUCAGCCUGCCAUCAGCCCCCCCCCAUCAGCCCCCCCACCCUUCAUGUAUGUCUCUUUCAUCACCAGCAUCACUGUUGUGUACAUGUUGGCUGUUGUAUGUUUCUCUUUUGCCACUUCCUAAAAAAAAACUAAUUCCUUAAAGACCCACUCCAAUGAAAAUCAUGUUUUUCUCGUUGUCUACAUGUUCAUAUGGCAUUUUUUCUGAUGCUACAGGACAUAUCAUGAGAAAAAUAAGUGCGAAACUACAUUUCUGAGUAUUUCUGCAUUAAAAUCGCUGUGAAUCUCUGGCAGACCCAAACAGCAAGUUCAGAUACAGUGAGAUUUCCUACGUUACAAAUCCAAGCUCCGCCCCUGGAGCCCCACUGGGCAGGUCACACUCAGAGAAAUAAAGAGAACGCGGAACAAACGUGCGCUUUAGCGGAUAACUUUCAUCAUGCCCCUAAAGACAUAGUGUCAGAGAGCUGAACAAGUCUUAUGUUACCUGCUGCUUCUACUUCACCGGCAGUGUUAGGCUACAAGCUAGCGUGAAGAGGAGUGUGCAGAGCAGCGCUGUCUCCGCCCACGACUCAGAGGCGAAUUACUUAUGAUCUACUGGAGCUCUGCGGAAUAAAAGCCCUUGAAAAUGACACAGGUAACGUGAUUUUGGCUAAAAACUUUAACACUUUAGAACACUUUAAAUUGUAAAAAAAAAAAAAAAAAAAUGAUCGGAGUGGGUCUUUAAGCACACUACAAAGUCUGUCCUCCAUCCAGCCACAAUGCCUCGUCACACUAAAUCAUCAUGCAGUGUUGUGAGUCUCAUAUUUUUCCUUGAAGACUUUUGUUCAUCAUCUGCCAUGUAAAAACAUUGUUUGACUGCACAGUCAAGGAUAAAAGAGGGCCUCCUCGUUUGAGCUCAGUAAUCACUCUGCUGCUGCUGCUGACAGGCUGUCAGUCACAUGAGUCAGCAGCACACAGGCAAACAGCUUUUUAAGGACUGAGCUUAACUAAGCUCGAGCUUUACACUUAAUAUGCCGCAGCCAUAAACUGACAUAUUAUCAUGUAGCUGUGUUUGAAUCUAGCUGCUGCGAGCUCCACUGUGACCCCAAGGCAGCUAUGUACUUUGUCUGGGAACACUGAGCGUGUGGCGUGAACUUGGUUUAUCAAGGCUUCUGCACCAGAAAUGCUAACUCCUGUGCAAAAUACACCUCAGUGAGAGUAGUUUGUGACAGCAAACCCCAAAAACCUGAACUCAAAAAGCCUAAAACACAACAAUAAGGUGUACUAAAAGCCUUCUGUCAUUACUUCUAUGACUCAGUGCUGAGAAGAAAGUCUUGAUAAGUACAUUUUCCCCUUAGAGAUUUGUUUGACAUUCACUCCGCUCCCUUUUAAAAUCUUUCUCAAGAGACUUUCGAUCCUUUAAACACUUUGACACAACUGUUAUUCAUGUCAUACAUAUUCAUCCAUGUCCCUUUGCUUUCCUCAGAGAAAGAUAUUUGGGCCAAGAUGUUAAAAAUGUGUGUGACAAAGUUUCCUGAAAGGCAGACGAGGAAUGCACAACAGAGGAUAAUCAUAUUUGUUGACUAAUGUAAAAGACCAUAAGCUGUUUUUAUGGGAAUUUUAAUAGGAUUAACAGUUAAAUCAGGGUUCCUACUGUAGAGAAUGAUACAGUUGCAGGGUGUGCUAGUACAUUUAUGUAAUGCUUGGACUGUGAACAGCUAUAGGCCGCUCCUAAAGUUGUUGUUUAAACAUACAGUAUAAGAAAUAGUUUUAAGGAAAGCAAGAUGUUCAUUAUGUAAAGGACUGCUCAGUGAGGCAUCUGAUUUUUCACAGCAGUUUCUUAACAAAAGAACUGCUCUCAAGUCAGACAAAAAAGAAAGUAUUUCAUUUCAAUAUGAAAUGCUGCCAAGCAGAUACUGUCCCUGUGCUUCUUGCAGGUAUUAAGAGCAGCCAUUAUCUACUCAUUCAAGUUGACAUUGACCUCUAUUGAAAAGCAGCUCCUCAUUAAAAUGGUACAGUCCAAAAACAAUGGUACAUCAGCCAUGUGCUGACACAGAAAAUGACUGAAAGUGUGGGUGGUUAUUAAAUGUCAUUAGAUGCUAACAUUGCUCAUGUAACCAGGAGUUAAUGUCUUUCCAGUAAUGAUGUGGGACAAUAUUUUUUGUUUUAUUUGGGUAAAUAUGGCCAUGAGCCACCAACUUUUAUGGCUGUCUGUGGUCCAUGAAAUGAUCAGAUGGAGUACUCUUCAGAUGGUUAGAGAUGGGCAUUAAGUUUGUUGAAGUCUGUGACCUUUAGAUGAAGACACGUGGGUUUACAAAAAGCAGACUAUGGUCUAUGCUGCAGUUUGCAAUGAAGGCACAGCUCAGGUGUGGCUCCAUUUCAGUGAAAAAAAACCUUUGUCCUGAGGUACAAAAACAUCCUGGUUUUCUAAACUCAGUUUUGGAUAGAGAGGUGGCAGCUGAUAUGUUGCCUGAGUGGACUCGGCAACUGUGUGGAUUUCAGAGAGAGUUAGCCAUCAUGUGCUGCUCAGGCGGGCGUUUUUCCCAGGUGUGAGUGGGAGAAGUGCGGGCACUAUGAGUUACACAACAGGAACUAGAAACUCCUCAUGUUGCAUUAAAUGGAUCAAAGCCUUAAAUCUAGUGUCAUGCAAAGGUUUGGUAAGCAAAUGUAAUUCUUCAGAUGUACAGUUGGAAUAAUAUCCCUCUGUUCAUAGGAUGCUCUCUUGUUUAUGUACUCUAAACAUGCUCACUGAACCCUGUGAAGAGUAAUGUUUCUGGAAAGGAUCUUUUCAACCACCUAAAAUUCUCCCAGGCCUUGAAGGGUAAUACCAGCGUAAAUGAAGUUAUGGUCAAACACACUGUAACACUGAGUUAGACACCCCCUCGAGAGAUGCUCAGGACCAGACCAGUCAUCUCUGGAGAUCAGAGGGGGAGUGCAAUGUGCUGAUGCUUACAGUAGGGUCUGCCUGCAAACUGAAUACACCCACUUAAAACGGAUAGGGGACUAUGUGAUGCACACUCAUGUGAUUCUCUGUGUUCUCUGUGAGCUUGAGUGAGUGUGUGUUCAUUACUAAUGGAUCAGCUCCAAUCUGUGACAUAAUGCAACAGAUGGUUUAUUUUAUUAGUUCAGUCAUGCUCAAACUUAAUUAGUUCACUCUUACCUAAACCGACCCCCAUUUUCCAUCGCAUCCAGAACAGCUCCGCUGCGGAAUAGUGUCGAUUUUCGCCGUCUGCCAGUUCCUACUGGAUGCAUUUUGAGGCGAAUUUCAGACAGCGGGAAUCGCGAGAACUCACAAAUACCCGUGGAAUCACAUGCAAUCGCGCGAUAAUGAGUUGUUUCGUUAAAGACAGCCACAUAACCAUAUAAGCAGUAGGUUGUGUCCUUCAAGAGGAGGAAAUCCACUUCUAGAUUUCUAAAAUCAGCAUCUUCUCAUCCAUGGUGUCAACGGGGUGAAAUGCUGUCUAUAAACCUUUGACCUGUUCAUCCCCGCCCACAUUUGCAUAGUGUGAAAUAUGAUUGCAUGAAACACGUAGUGUUUUAUUUUGAAAAGAAGCCAGAUGUUUUAGUUUGUGUCUGUGCCCGACUUUCUUUCCAGCAUUGACUAACCCGUGCUGAAUUUAUGCGGCAUGCUGCGGCGUCCAGAAAAAAAUAGAACUUUGGCGAUUGGUUGCGAAUCCCGCUGAACCGCAGCAGGACAGAAAGAAGACAGUGGAAAUUGACACAUUAACUUGAAUGGAAAGGAACAGCUGCAAUCAGCGCAUACAGCCUUUUCGACUCUUUGGAUGUGGUGGAAAUUAGUUCAAUUCAAAUUGUCUAUAGUGUUUGAUACCUGUGCCAAAAGGAAAUAUAAAGUCAGAUAUUUUAUUUUGUCACGUUGUUCAUGAAUGUACUUGGAUCUGACACUUCAGUUGAAUGAAAGAUGUCAAUGUACAAGAUGAAAAGUUGAACUUCAGUACAAGUGCAAAUCUGUUUCAAGGCUAGUUUAACCAGUUGCAAAGUCAGGCUUUUUUGAUUGGUGCGACCAAAGUGGAGCACAGACCUUUGUAGGGGUGGCUGGGCAUGGUCAUAUUAAGGGGCUAAUCCCAAACCUGGGUUUGUUAACUCUACUAAUCCCAUUUACUUUAAUUUAUGAAUAAAGGGUUUAAAAAAGUUUAAUAUUCUUAAGUAACUCAACAGAGUGGCAGCAUUUAAAUUCACCUCUAACAAGCCAAACAGCCAAUCAUAGUUUAGGAUUUCAGGUUGAGCACUGGGGUGGCCAAUCAGAUUUUAGGGGUGGCCAUUGUUUCCUCUGUCUUGUGUUUGACUGAUGGAUAAUUUCAGUUUUCAGGGUGUUCAGUUAAAAAAUGGAAACAAGAGAACAGAUUGCAACUAACUCACUUUUUAGCAUGAGGGUAAUAAAAGAAGAGAUUGAAAUGUUAUUUAGAAAAAAGUGACACAGAUAACUGGGGACUAAAUGAAAUGGAGUAAAAUGUAACAUAUCUAUUCUAGUUGUAUUGUAAAAUGGCAGUAUGUUCAUUUGUAUUGUAGAACAGCACAGUUAAUACUGGAAUUAUAAUAAGAAAGUCUAAGGACUGUCCUUCAAAUCUUUAUUCGUUACUACAAUAAUCUGCAGUUUUAAGUGUCGUUGGUAUCUGCAAUGGGCGAUAGGUUUAAGCAAUAGCGAAAUAGUAUUUUUGUCAUUAGAUAAUAUUGCUGUAGAUAUUUUAGGAGGCAUUACAGUCAUUAUUGGAGCCAGUUCACUCCAGGGGGAUUAGACCCCCAUGAGUAUUUAAGUGUCACUUGGCAGAGUUGAACAAUGGGGAAAAAAAGGACCCAAAUGCAGAACAAAAAAUGUUUUAUUAAAAAAAAUUAAAUAAAAAGCAACAAAAACUUAAUUCGAAAUGUCCACUGAAAAAAUCCCAUGGCAAAGUCCAACUAAAGGCACAAGAAAAAAAAAAACAAGGAGAAUAAGGAUUUAUACAUAAACUACACAGACAAGCAUACCCACACAAUGACCCAACAAGGACAGAAGGGAAGACAGGGACUAUAUACACACUGGGUAACGAGCAACAGGUGAGGCAAACGAGACACAGGUGAGGCAAACGAGACACAGGUGAAACUCAUGGGUGAUUAACGAAGGAGGGAAAACUAGGAGAGUAAAACCAGAUAAAAUAGGAAACACUAAUAAAGAAUAAAUUACAGAGAACAUGAGGGAAACAGGGUCAAACACAAACUGAAAACUCACAAGACUGGACUACAGGGGAACAGGAACCAUAGGGAACAGAAACACUAGGGACAAUACACAGAAAAUGCACUCAAUAAAUUAACAAAACCAGAAAAAACAAUUUACAGAACACAUCAUGACAUUAGGUUUUCAUUUAUUACAUACUCUUUAGCAUCGUAGGUCAUAACAGCUACUUUGAUUGAAGACUCUGAGCUGAGAGAGAGAAACAGAGCCAGUUUUGGUUCUGUCUAACCACACCGAGAGGUCAGCAGAGCCGUGAGUCUUUGAGGUGGCCCAUCUCACUGAAACCACGCCUAAUGCCUCCACCUUUGUAACUUCACUGUGAGAGAUGAUGAUGAAGGCAGGAUGGCAUUCAGACGGGCUCAUCAGCUUCUUUGAGCCUGGCGUCACUCCUCUCCAUGUGCCUUCUUUCCUACGCCUUCACCCUAGGCAUCUCACAGCUGCGUGUCAAUCUGGAUAGCCGGAGCAGCUAUGCGUGUUUAUGUUGUCAGUGACGUUAGCAUAAACCAAAGCUGUUCCAAACACGCCUCGCUCCACGUGAGCUUCUCCGUGCGCACGUGGACAAAUUCCAGCGGGUAACUGCAGAAUAGCAAAAGGCAUUACGCAGCACCAACUUCUAAUGAGUUAACCUCUAAAUGUGCUGGGCUGGGAUGCUGAGAGGAUUUUAGCCUGUAGUCUCCAAGGGGCAUCAUGAUGAGACAAAGCCUUAUCCAAAACAUUUCACACUACUUACAUAAACUCAACCCCUGAUUACUGUUGCAUAAUAACUACAGGAUGUAAUCGAUUAUGUUAAUUAGGGGAGGAGUGAGAGUGGGAUGCUGGCUGGGUCACAUCAGUGUGCGCACAGUGUGGGUUGAACACAAAGGUCAGAGCAACAGGUCUGUUGUGAGUCUGAUUCCCUGCAGGUCACACUAGGUCACACUGUCCGCUCAAUGUGUUACAUUAUUCUCUAACUAGGGCACCUGUACUACACUGCACAGCAAUAACAGAUCAAUGAGCAAGGUAUCGGAUUGCUUAUUUAGACACCACAAAAAGGAAACCUGCAUAACAAACCUAACCGCAUCUUCGAUUAAACUAAUGACUUCCUGCGAUUACUUGAAACCUGCCAUAUGUGUCUGUACUAGGGCUGUAAUCAACCAAAGAAAUUCUUGGUCGACUAAAACCCUGAAAUUUUCACCCGAAAAUCGACUAAUCGGGGAGGGAUUUUUUUUCCAAUUCUGACGCCAGACCCUUCUGUGGCGGGGGACGACGCAACUCGACGGGGUGAAAAUAUACUGAUAUUGACACAAGAAGGCAAUUUAACACAAAAGGCUAAAAUCUAAAUAUUCAGCAAACCACUGGACGUCGAAUAAUAUAGACGCUCUUCAAUCUUCCUGUCUCCAGCCGGUCUCCAGCCGGUUGGGUGAAUCCAAAAUGGUGAAGACAAGGGGGGCUUUCUUAGACAGGCUGUUACCUAUGAAAUGUUGGUACUUGGUACAUUCCUCCUGAUGGAAUUAACCAUAGACUGUAAAUUGAUGCAAGAAAAAAAUCAAGUCGACCAAUCAGAAUUUUGGUCAAAUCAGCACCAAAAUUGUUGACCAACAAUUCAACCAGUCGACUAGGACUUUACAGCUCUAGGCUGUGUCUAAAAUGAAUCACUCAAUCCCUAACCCCUAACCCUCAUAUGGGGUUUCACGAUAUAGCUGACUAUUUAGUGAGCUCAAUCACUGGAGGUUUCGGACACUACAUGGUGCACCGUUGUGACCUCACUGCUCAGACUGUCGCGUCUGAAGUUGCAGCUGUUGUUUUCAGAUCUCUUGAAUUUUUUGAUGUUGUAUAGAUGUUUUUGUUUUUCCAGGAUGUUCGUGAAAUAAAAAAACAGAAACAAUAAAUUAGUGAUUCAUUUAAAAGGCCUUAUAUUUUCGUGCGGAAUAUUGUUUGCUGCGUCUAUUGUGCACAGACUAUAUGACGCAGCAAACAAUUGUUUUUCGAAAACUACAGAUCACUUGCGAGUAAAGUGAAGAUAAAAAAACUUAGCUGAAAAUGGCAAAUAGAGCUCGUGUUGUGUCUCUUCUUGCUCUUUUUGACUUGCUACUGGAGACGCAAUGGAUGACGGAAUGCCCACCACCGGUGAGUGACCAUUGGAUGGUCACUACAUUUUGCAAUGCUCUAUGGGAAAUUUUGAGUCGCCUAUAUGGGACCCCUCAAAAUGGCGCUAACCCCCAUAAAGUCGCCUAUAUAGCGGUUAGGGAUCCAUUUCGGACACAGCCUUAGUCUGUACUAAUGCACAUGAAGUUAAAAUCAGAGAUGUUAAUUAAAUACCAUGCUAACAGGGAGGGUCUAGCAGUGUUUUGCAGAAAUGUCAGUCAGAUGUCAAGUUUGCAGCCUGGCUCCGCUCUCUCAGGUGCUGCAGUGCUCAGCUGUGUCUGUGACUGACAGUAAGACUGGCUAGUCAACAAGAGUAAACAACAUGAAGCGAGUCAGGGAGCAGAGGACAGCUGAGGCAUGCCAUUGUUCAGGGUGACGGCACCAUGUGCUCGUCUGCCAGCGUCCUGUCCUGCUGACCACAUGGUCUGCUACGGGACAUGACGAGCCACUCCUGGCAGCCCGCUCAACAGCUACAAAAGCUGCAGGGACCCUCUCUGAACCCUGCCUUCCAAACACCCAUCCUGUACCAGUGAUUGUGUACACAGAAUGAAUCAUUCUGAAUCUGUCGCACUGAAUGAGUCGUGCUGAAUAGAACAGAGCGGUGCAUGUGGAGGAGGCUAGCACGCCGUGUCCCGUCUGAAGCACUCAUGGCAGUAUUUGUGAGCUGUUAAGGGCCUUGGACGAUGCAUCUGUCUGUACAAAAAAGAAAGGGGAAAAAAAGAACUGGAACAUCCCUGUAAGAUAGAAUCUAGGUCAGGAAAUAUAUUAAAGAUAUGUAGGGGAAUUAGCAGCUUAUCAGUGGUGUCAAAGAUCUACAUACAUCUCAUACUGCAUGUGCAGCUUUUGCUUCAGAGCUCAAAAGAGGUGAAUUUAGACUUGACUUGAAAGUUAAAGAGGUAUUCUGCGUAAAUUUAAAUUAUGGUCAAACACACAGCAACACCGAGUUAGACACCCCCUUGAGAGAUGAAUGUUGCCGACCGCUUGCUUCUCUAGUUAAACCAACUUUAGUCACGGCUGCACAAUAGCAAUACACAACAGUCUACAUCUCCAUGUGCAAACCUCGACCAAAAAGCCACUCUAUAGCUACAAAUAAUGCUCAGAACAGCACCUAACUUCAUCAACAGUACACAUAGGGUCCCAGCCACAGUACUAGCCAUCAAACAUCUUUUUUAGCUUUGCCUGAUUUCUUAAACACAACUCACCCACCCUCCUCCAGCAGCUGCUUGUUUGUGGGGGAGCCCUGAUGAGUCGAUCACAGAGUGCAGCGGAUCAUUUCCAUGAAGUAAUAAUCAUCAUUAUAAUCAUUUUGCACUGCAGAAGUAGUUCUUCUGCCUUAGCAUCUCAGUCUGAUUGCAUUUCCAUGAAGUAAUGAUCAUAAUUGUUCUUCCUUGAGCUGCAAAACUCCGCUGCACUCGGUGAUCGACUCAUCAGCUGUGUAUUGCUAUCGUUCUGUUGUUGCUGAAGUUGGUAUUUAGAGAAGCAAGCAGUUGGCAACAUUCAUCUCUCGAGGGGGUGUCUAACAUGGUGUUACGGUGUAUUUGACCAUAACUUAUGCUUGAAUACCCCUUUAAUCCUUUGGUCACACAUGGCUAAUUCAGUCCUAUGAGUGGACAUUAGAUUGCAAUGUCAUUUUUUACAAUGUCAUUAAGCAGACACUUUUAUACAUAGUUAUGAUAGAUGAAUUUACUGAAGGCUGCCUCCAACAUGUUUAUCAAAACAUGUUUUGAUAAAAUUUUGUCAGCUGGAUUUGAAAGAGUCCAAGCCAAUCAAAAUAAUAGAGGACAUGUAGAACAUUUUAGCUAAUGGUGAAGUAUGAAUAGUUGCUAAUAAUAGGGCUCAAAAUUGCCCUAUUGGUCAAUGAAUAUGAUUGUGCAUUGUGAUGCAACACAUCCGCUAUUGUGUUUUAAAAAGCGUGUGGUGUGUUGCAUUGAUUCACCGUGUUAAAGUGCAGCACACUGCAGCAGAAUGCAGAGCAGUGGGCCGGCCCAGGACAUCAGAAGGGAACCCUCUGUUUCUAUAUUUAGCCUUCAUUGGUGCAGCUGCAGCCAUAAUCGAUGGCCUAUCUACGUCACAGCUUUGUACCCCUGCUGAUAGAGACAUUGCAUUUCCACUCCCAUGUUCCUGGCUGUCCCUGCUCCCCUGGGGGCUCUGCAGGAAAGAGGUUCAGGACACAGUUCACUGCAGUGUUCCAAAACAUCUCCAGCUCUGUCCUCCAUUACGUUCUUUUGUGCGAGCAGCUUUCAGCGCGUGAUCUCAGCUGAGGACGCUGUUAUGUCAAAAUUACACUGCUUCUAACACUGCUGACAUUUUGCUGCAGUCCACCUGAUCUGAUGUAAGUCAGUUGUGAUCAUGUGUCUUUAAAAAUCCGUGAAGCAUCAUUGUCCUGGAAGUCUCGUAGGAGCAUGUGGUUUCCAUUUUUAGACGGGUAUCUUUAUUUUAGUCCAGUGUUUGUCACCUUUGACCUGUCAUGUGGUGGUGAGGAUGCAAAAGAGCAAAAAUGUCAGGAAACGGUCACAUGAAAUAAGGAUGAGCGGAUACUUUCGAGGUGUCCUUCAGCAGCAUUUAUGUGUACAGAGUAGGCUUGAUUGGUCAGACAUACUGGAGCUUUGUAGCAGCUGUGUUUCUCCACUUUUAUUGGAAUAUAAUUGAGAUCUUAUUUAUAGUCUUUGUCAAACAUUUUUAUGUCUCUCUUAUGUUCUGGACAGUAAAUAUUUUCUUAAUGCUGCAGGGAGAUACUAAACAUAAUUUCAUUGUUUACCUGCAACGACAGGAAGUCUUUUAUGUAUUACAUCUUAGCUGACCUGCUUUGAAGGUAAGAGCAUUCUGGCUCGAUGAAUUUAAAUAAAAAUGAAGCAGGACAUCCGUCUCUUGCACACUAAAACCCCGUGACGCGGCCAGGAUGAUGAGAUUGAGUGUAAUAAAGAUAAUGAAAGUCAACACAGGAUGUUUAAUAAAGUCAGUCUUCAAAUCAUUUGAAUCAUCAUCUCCCUUGGACACGUAACUAAAUAACUGUGGCCCUGACACACUAACCUCCCUCAUUAUGAAGUGCUGUAAGAGGCUGGUAAUAGCAUGAAACUGCUGUUCCAGACAAUGUAGACCUGCUGCUGUCUGCUUCACCGCUUCAUCAAAUUUAUAUGCUUUACUAACCUUAUUCAGCCAACUCACCCACUGGAAAAUAAAGACAUGAAUGCUGAUGAUUUCCUUCAACUCAGGGUACAAACAUUCACACCACUGACGUUUAUAACUUUAGUUAUUAUACAACCAGAUUCUGGACCUCUCAAUGUAGUCAGUCUCAUCCAUAGACUGUAUAUACUGUGGACAACUUGGUCCCGCCUUCUGUCAUUGUACGAAUUAGAGGCCGAAUCGCUUUCAGUAUUUCUGGUAUUUUCCCCACGCCCUGGAACCACUACUUGUGCAGUAGCAUUGUACGCAUUCGAUGGGAGAAUCGACGAGAUUUGCUGUGAUGACACUUUGCUCAAACAGCGUAUCCCUCGGGUGAGCUAUGCAAUAUUUGUAUGCCUCAAGACUGUAUCAAGUGUCAAUCAUAGAAAACAUGAACCCCCUAAUAACUUUUAUGAAUGGAAAUGCACAGGGGGUGCUGUUCUCGGGGUUGUGUCACCCAGCGAGGAGUCUAUAGUCUCAUUCUGAACACAGGAGUUCCACAGGGCACUGUCCUCAGCCCACUGUUUACCCUGCAUUGUAUUGCUAGUUGUAACACAAACUCAGUGACUGAUUUUUCUGACCAUACUUAAGUGGUGGGCUUAAUCCAUAACCACAUUUAGGCUGCAUGCACUUUAUAUUUUCAUAAAUUGUACAACAAUGUUUUAUUCUGUAACCAUUUUCAAUCAAAAGUGGCUGGUAGCUGAUUUUCCUCUUUAGAAAUCUCCUGAAUAUGUAACAUCAGCUUGGUCUGCCUUUUAGAGAUUACAUCCAUUUAACAUGCCAGGGGUCUAUCACAGCAGAAAAUCAAAGGCCCAACCAUUAGGAGGAGAGGAAGGCAACGGGAACACACACCACUGAUGGUGAUGAUGACAGAGGCCCACUCAAUAUUUGCUGUGCUUUGCUGAAUGUAGAAAAAUGAGUUAGUGGGUAUUAAAGGCAAAUAGUCUAAUUUCAGCUGACACAACUCACUGCAUGAAACAGGAAAGAAGCAGCAAGCCACAGCUGCUGUCCAGGACAGCUAUAAAUAACUUAGUAUUGCUCUGGUCAUAGAGCAGCUGACUAGUAGCUCACUGCCUGGACUGAGGCUAACUAGCUGUCAGUGUGUUAUCCUUUUGGAUUUAUUACAAAUUUGCUCUUUUUUCUGUGUAGCCACUGAGUCAUCUUGAAAGGCUUAAAAGAUAUAGGUGUGAAGUAAUAUUAUGUAAUAUGAAGAAUAUGGGUCACAGACAAGUUAUGUGACUGUAAAAACUUGUACAAAUGUUUUUUUUUUCCUUUUUAAUUGUCUCAACCCCCUCUUUUAAUCAUUUAAUUUAUACUUAGAUAACUACGAAUGUGAUCCAACACAGCAGCAAUACCUUUUACACUUUGAAUACAUAAACCUGCUCUCUUUCCUGAACACGCUUAAGCAAAUUUGGGAAGUCUUAUGUGUAUGGGGAUGUUGUAUGAAUCAAGGCAGCAGUUUGCUGUUUGAGAAUACUUACCUGUUUCAUAACCCUUUCACCUCAGAUGAAAUAAAGGAAGCCUUUUCUCAGAAUUAAGAAAUGUUCUGGCUGUCUGAAAACUCCCAUAGUGGAGAAUGUGUCAUUUGUUAGGUUGUAUCAUUAUUACCAUUGGUGAGUUUAAGUCUGGCUUUAAUUUAUAGAGUGAUUUAUUAUGGAUAUUAUUAUGGUUUAUUAUUUGUUUUGUAUUCCUGGAAUAAUCUGACAGAACACUGUAGAAGUGUGCACAUUACAUAACAAAGUUUGCCCUAUUUUCCAAUCUCUAAAACGAUCUGUCAGAAAGCUGUGCCUCAUGCUGCUUUAUUUUUUUUUUUUUUUUGGCUUUAUUAAAAGACAGUGAUUUGGGCUCAGAUAAUGGGAGCUGCUUGUUAACCAGCUCUAGGUGAAGAUAAUAAAGUAGACUGUGGUUUUUGCCUCUGUGGCUUUAAACAAGGAGCUCUCAGGCUGUGCUGUUUCUUCCGUUUCUAUUUGUGCCUUCAUAGUGAGCAGCAUCACAGCCGGGCAUCAAUCCAAUCACAGGACCAGAGUUGGCAGACAUUGUGAGGCAGUUGGGGAGACGUAAGCGCAGGAUGACAAAGCCUGUACAUAUAUGGCACGAAGCGAAAUUGUCAAAUUACAUGUUGUCACUAGUAUAGACCCAUCUUUGUUCUACAUGUUGUAAUUAGAGUUAUACAAUGACCUUUUUUUUCAGAGAUCAGGCUGUGAGUACCCUGCAAUUGAAAUGUCAAAAGUCUUAAAGCCUUUGCACCCACUCACUGAACACUGGUUGUUUUCUCUCCUUUCCACCCCUGUGCCAAGCGAGGGUUAGAUCACCAGUGAUCAGAGAUGUGACCCUUGACAAAAGAAGCUAAUUUUGCUUUUCACCCGCUGCUCCAGUUCUCAGGCUAUAAAUACAAGGACACAUCUAAGUAUACGUUUCUUCACCCAGCUAUUUUUUUUUCUUCAUCAGUUGACUGCAAGAUUGCUCAUGUUGUGAAACUUUUAAAUAGGUUGCCUCUACUAUAUUGGCAAAAGGAUGCACACUGUUUUAGGACGUCAUUGACUGUUAAGUCCUUUCACAGCUGGACAAAACAGAAAUUCAGACACAGGAAUCUUCCGGUUCGUUCUUUUGUCAGAUCAGGCUGCUCUGAAAACUCAACAAUUAGGUAAAGUAAAAGUAGAAGAACAGUUACAUUAAUAACAUUUUACUUGUGAAGAAUUUUAAAUACCGGUCUGUGGAUCUACCAAAGUAAAAAAAAAAAAAAAGUACUCAAAAUGCGCACAAAGCACAGAGUCCUUACCAUUAACUCAUGGCAAUGGUAGUAGGGGAGUAAGAUUUGCUCUUCACCAUACAAGGAACUUUUUCAUGAAAAUUUGUACCAAAUGCACCAAAUUGAAAACAUGACAAACAACAGUUUUACGAGGCAACUUCCUCUCCAGACAAACUUUACUCACAGGGCUUGUUACAGGGAUAAAUCAUUCAUCUGAACAUCCUUAGAAAUGAAUAAUGACGUAUAAGUUAAGUGCAUUUAGUAGUAAAGGUUAUGGAGUAAUGUUUCACUUCACCCUCAUCUUUAUUUCAACUGUAACUGAGUCCUAGAGUUGGAUGGUAGGAUGAGUCAACACUAUAUUAUCAUAACAUAAGCGUGUUAGAAUCGCAUGUUAGCUUUUUGUUGUGUGCAUGGUAGAAUGUCAACAUCAACAUUUACCUCAGAGCUGGAUGCUAUCUUAACAGAACAGUCUGGAUAUCUUUGGAUCAGAUUUCUUUGUUUUGUUGUGGGAAAUAGGGCUGCCACAAAUGAUUAAUCUGAUAAUCGACACAACUAUGAUUAUUUUUGCGAUUAAUCUUAUAUAUGGAUAUACUGUAUAUGCAUUGCAGAUUGUCGCACCAGCAUGUAGCUGCUGUCACCAUUAAAUAACCUCCAUCUGAAAAUGUUUGAGUAUCUUGCUUACAAAUGUAGGCAGUAAUUUUAUUAGUAGAUAAUUAGCCAACUAGCUUACUGAGGCAACAGUCCUUCUCCGGCGUCCUCUUUGUCAUCCAACCCGACAUGUUUUCUUUAUAAGUGCUGGUGCAUGAUAGUCGUGCUGCCGUGAUAAACAAGCUCUGCCUUGCAGAUCUUGCAUUUCACGGACUUCCCCUCUAUAUUUUUGGUAAAAUGCUCCCAAACACUGGAACGACGUGUCCUGCUCACCAUUGUUACUGGGUUGCAGUGACGUCAAACGCCAAUUUCUAUGAGCUCUACUGCAUAUUUGUGUCCAGGACAAGGCACACACGGCGGAGGCUAUGAGCGGAGGGUACCACGGCACCUUUGAGCAAAAAACAAAGUGGGAAAAAAAAAAACGCUUACGUAGAUUACUAAAAUAGUUGUCAACUAUUUUGAUUGUUGAACUUUAAUCUAUUAAUCCAAUAAUCGUGGCAGCCCCAGUGGGAAACGAUCAAUAUGUUCCUGGGUUCACAGAGCCAUUCAGGGUUAUUUCAACAUGAAGCUCAUGGCUCAUGUUUUCUCAGCAAUACUCCUGGAAGUGAGACCAUUUUAUUUGAAGCUUCCUUUACCGCACUGUGCUUUCAGCAGGUUUUGGAAGAGCCAAACAUGGUCCCUCACCCAAUCUUUGAGCCUCUGCUAAAAGAGCAAAGCCUCUGAGACACACAACAUGCUAGAGGGAGGGUUGAAUGGUGGUUUUAUGUCAGGGUCUUUGAAUGUGCUCCAUUCAUCCAUUAUCAAUAGCACACUGAGUCCUCUUAAUUGCUUUGCAGAGGUCGGGCUGAAAAAGUAGUUAAAAUUUUUCAUAAAUACAAAUAUGAAUUAAAAUAUUUAUUAAGGCAGCCUUCUGUGUAGGCACAGUCUAGUGCAGUUAUGUGACCCAGUAACAGUGGAUAUAUACAUACAUCCAGGUCAGCACCAAAAAACAACCGAGUUACAUAAACCCAAAGCUUCUGGUGAGCUACCAUUUAGGGAUGCUCUUCGUAUUAUCACUGGCACCCCCCACCCCCCAAGGCUGUCUUUGGCUCCGGCUCACUCAGACUUCACAUCCGAUUGUGGCACGUCUGUCCUGGGGCUCUGUCACUGAGGGGAAGGAGCAAGACAUUAGGACACUCCUCAUUGGGCAGAAGCAGGCCGCUGCCCGGCCCGUGGCGCCUGACGCAUCCCAUUCUCCUCCACUUUUCAUGGGCUGACAUUCCCAUCAGCCCCUGCUUUUUACAGGCAGUUCAUUGCUUUGACAUGCUUGUGAGUCCUCCAACAAAUGAAGACCUUUUUACCUCUGACCAAGCAGAGGGGGUGAGUUGUUGUGAAGUGCAAACCGCUGCAGGAGGUUGUGACUAAAGGCCCAUGAGGCUUUUUCGUAGAAGCAGGCUGACUCAUUCCUGCUACGUGGUGUUUGGAUUUUGUCUUUCUGUUUAGAUCAACAGCAUCUUAAUGUAAAAUAUAUCUUAGGUAUCAUUUUGGGUAAGCAGUGUCUGCAGAGGAUGUGAUUCACUCCGUGAAGUGAGGCAAAUGCCACUGACCUGAAAUGUUUGUCGCUGCAGACCACACAUCCUCCUAUAGCUCCGCUCUAUUUGGCACAUCUCCCCUCCUCAGCUUCCAGUAUUGCCAUGUCUGUGGUUUUGUUUCAUAACACCUCAGUGGCCCUGAUCACAGCUGAAGCCAUCACAGGACAGAAGGCUUCUUUUAGAUCUGCACUAUAGGUGCCAUUCCACCUCUUGUUACUGGACACAAAUUGCAGCUUGUUAAAGCUUUUUCAGUUUUUUUUAUCUUUGUACAGUAUGAACUGAAAUGAUCUGAGGUCAGAUUAAGAAAACGAGUUUCUAAUCCUGGUGUUAAAUUUGUGUUUCAAGUCAUCACAACUGCAUUGUAGUUUAAGACUUUUUGACUAUUAGUUUGGGCGAUAACGAAAAGUCCUUAUAAAUAAUAUUAAAAUUCCUAUCUAUGUUUUAUACUCACUCUGUCCUGAGAACCCCACAAUCAUUAUUCUUGGAUGGCACUUACCAGUUGGAGUUGUCAAAUAUGAUACUUAACCACAAGUUUAAGUGGUAGGUUAUAGAGAAAACUAGUGACAUCAAACAAGUCUCAAAUGUGAAAAUCCUUUCAACAUUUAUUGAAAACUCUUAUUGCACAGAGUGAACAGCAGCAGAUCCUCUGUCGGAUGUCAUGCAUACCUGACUGCGCUCAUCUAAGCCCCAGUCUUGAAGGAAAUCCCUCAUGGGAAGCCUCAUUUAGCAACAAGCUGCUCAGAAACGUCUUCUUCACCACCUUUGGCCAUGUUUGUUUGUUUGUUUGUUAUUCUUUUCUGUGUGGGCUAUGGCUAUGAGUCUGUUGUUCACGCUUACGUCAUCAACUUGCGUUUAUCGCAAUUAUCCUGAGAUGGCAAAUAUUAAUCGCGGAGGAAUUUUCUGACGGUAUAGUUUAUCACCCAUCCUAAGUGUGUACAUCCCAUCUAGGCCCUGAUCCUGGCUUCCGCAUGAUAAAUGUAGCUUUACAUACUAUAAAAUACACAGGUGCCGGGACCAAAAGUUCCUCAUAGGAACAGGUAAAGAAGCUCCCCUCAACAAUGCUCUGGUUGGAAGAUGAGGAUGUUUGAAGAGGAUGUUUGUAAUUUAGAUCGCACUCUAUUUAAUUUUAUUGUUAAGCAGUCGGCAAGGUUAGGGUCGGGACACCAUCAGUCAGUCAAUCUUUAUUUAUACAGCUCCAAUCAGCAGCCAGGAUUUAUUUAUUACCACGGCCACAGCACUUUGUGGUUGGCACGGCUCUCUAACAUUGAACAAAUGACUGAACAUCUGUUGUUUCGCUUUAUUGCAAAACACUACUUAUCUGUGGAUAUGAUUAAUCCAUGUUAAAAUUGAGAACUAAAGACACUGACACAUGGGGAAGUCUCCUUAAAGAAGUGUUUCCCUUUAACUCUGAUCAUACCAAUCCAUCAGGUGUUUGCAAGGCCAUUUUAAACGGACAGAGGUACACCUUUUGGGCUUCAGAAGAACAACUGCAGAGGACAGUAAGUUCUUCAGGGAUCAUUUUGACCAUUUAAGAUGAUGCUAGCUUUCAAUGCUGUGCACCCAGACUUUAAAGCUGUCUGUCCAUGGUAAUAGUUUGAAAAACUGGAGGUUGUCCUGCCCUGAAAAAGACACAGUGUUCCGAGUAAAUGCGAUGUUCCUCUCUUGGUCAGCACGUUAAGCUCUUCUUGUGCUGGUCAGGACAACAUCUGAUCCAAUUUUCUGCUCGGCUGUACAUUGCACCUGCUGCGUAUGAGAGUUAUAGCUACAUCUCCAAAUAAUAAGUGUAAACACGGAGUAUUGUGACCCUGUUCUGGUCCAUUAUAAAAGAUUUUUGUUCAUUAUUACAGGCAGGUAUUUUUUCAGUGACUCACUGUUUGUGUAACCUUUGUGUAAUGUUCUUUGGACUAGAAAUGCUUUUGCCUCACAUUAUUUUCAUUUUUUAUUUUGAAAGGUUAAUGGUUUUAUCACUGCUAGGCAAAUUUUGUUCCAGAGCUAUAAUGUUUUCUGAAUAAUGUUAAAAGAGUGUUCCCAUACGUUCAACCUAAGCGCUAUUCUGGAUGUAAGAGCAUGCACAUUUUCCCCCAGAAAGACGCCUUUGUUGACUCCACACAUAAGUAUUCCUCCACUUGUACGUUAAUUGUUUAGAUUAACCUAUUAACACUGCAAGUCUGAAGCAGUUGUUGACCCAGUUUUCAUUUCAGCCACUUUCUCAGCAUUUUGGUAGAGCUACCCCCUGCUAAAAGACUUAUUCUCGAUACCUCACACAGGCCUACUCCAUUAAAACAAAUAUUCCUUUUAGUUUUUCAUCUGAGAACAAAGAUUUUGGUUUGGGACUAACAAACGAGGCAUCAGUUUUUUCAGAUUUUGUUUUUCAAGAUUAGCCAAAACAGCUUGCAGCAUUAACCUGUUGGGAGGUUAUUAUCUCUAAGCAAAAAAAAACGUAUAAUUAUGCUCAUCCAGAAAUACUUAUUUACACAAAAAUGACAUUUUUCCUCUUUUAUACAAAGUUUAUCUACACAACAGCUGGCUCAUAGCUUCCAAAUCUAUGGACUCAUACCGGCAGCCUUCAGUUUCUGUUGAUAUCACUCACCUGAAAUCAGAGGAAGGUUUUUAUUUACUGUAGUAACUGUAUGCGGAGCUGGGUUUGGAUCCAGUCUGCACAUUGAUUGUUUGUGUCCAGAUGGAGCAUGAUAAGCGCUUUCCAUUUGGAGUCCUGUGCUGUCCUAACAGCUGCAUGGCAAAUUUAGUGGCAGUGAGUGUGUUGGGGGUGGGGUGGGGAUUAAUCUGGGAGUCAUGUGAGGAAUCCCAAAAUUCAAGUGAUGUGGAAUGACACAGGGUGGACCGUGGUGUGUGUGUGUGUGGGUGCCAAACCACCCUGUCUUGUUAAACGUGUAACACAUAUGCUUCUUAUCAACACAAAAUAGGCGUAAUGAUCAGCAACACUGUGCCUGUUCAUCUCAUCUCUGCCCACUUUGCUGCAUUUUUUAACCGCUUACAGUGUUUUUGUAUGGAAGUAAAUCUGUGCCAUCUGAUUUGAAUUUGAGUUUCUGAAGCUGAAUUUUUUUUGCAUCAAAAUCUUUAAAUUUCGAAACUAUUUCAUUUAAAGCAUGCAUUUUUAUUUCUGACACUUAUUUUUUCACAAUGAUGAAAUAAAUGCAAUGUAAAAAACAAUCAGUCUCUCGAAAGAUUCGUUCAGUAAAAAUUCAGCAAAAAAAUUCAACUUAAAAGAAAUUUCAACGUCAAAAAAUUUAGUGUAAAACAGACCAACUCAACAUCCUGGUUAUCAGGGAGAAGUAAUUUAUUCCUCAACCUUCUGCUGGAAUUGGUGCCACAUGACCAAUCUAGCAUUAUUUGAUUGACUGGACGAUGGAUGAUUGAACCAAGAAUCGAUUGCUUCUCCCUGAUUACCCGGAUGUUAAGUCGGUCUUUUUUAAGGUCCUUUCACACGGGACUGUUUUUUUCAUGCAAUUAUUUUGGACGUCAGUAUUUUUUUCGAACCUGUAUCCUGUUAAUACAAGCGUUCACAUCAGCAACAUUUUCCCAUCCUGUGUUAUUGCAGCAUUUAUUUUUUCGGAUCAUGGUUGAUUUUUCUAAAGUUUCGCAUACUGUGUGUCCACUUCUGGCCAAUCAGAUUGCGUGUUGUUGUGACGUCUGAUUCACCGGUAUAUCCAACAUGGUCCACCGGCUGAUCGUUUAUGAUCAUUUACACAUACAAAGAUAACGACCUGAAGGACAACUUGUGGAGAGUCAUAGCGUAGGAUCUCUCAUAUGAUGAUGGUUUGUGUGCUUUAACAGUUUUGAGACAGUUUUAACAGUCUCAAACUCAAUUGGGUUGUUGUCACAGCACCAUCAGGUCUCGGUUGUUACCUUACGAUUAUGGAUUAUAGUUUAAUGUGCUUAUCUGGUACUGGCCCCGACUCAGUACAUGCUAUCAUGACAGACAGUCAUCUCAACACUAGUGUCUAAUCAGAACUGAAAAACAGUCAACAGUCCUCUUGCUUCCACCCGGGAAGCGUCUUUUUUUUCCCCCUGGAAAGUCGCAAAAUGGCAUUGGGGUUGAUGUGUAUAGUCAGGCGCGUCAAAAUUCGCCUCCGAGUGUUUCGUAAUUUCGUGUCAGAUAUUUACGUCGGUCCCGGUGUGUAAGGACCUUUACGCUGAAUUUUUUGACACUGAAGUUUUUUAUGUUAAAAUUUUAUUUACACAGUUUUUUUAAAGUUGAAAUUUUACUACAUUAAUAUUUUGAGAGACUGAUUUUUUUACACUGAAUAUAUUUCAUCAUUGUGUCAAAUAAGUGUCAGAUAUUAAAAUGCGUGCGUGAAAUUCAAUAGUUUCGAAAUUCAAAGUCUGAUUUUGAUGCAAAAGAGAAAUUCAAAUUCAAAAUCAGAUGGCACAGAUUUACUUCCAUAUCGUUGCCACAAUUCAGCUGAUUCGUGGACUGUGAAUUAGUGGAACAGUUCACCAAGCAAAAAUGACUGAAGGGUUUUGAUCGAAACCUUUUACUGGAAAAACUCGUGGUCGACUUGUGACUCUCUGUCCAAACGGUCCUGACACUGACGCUACAGCAGGUUAUUGUGUAUGUAUGUGCGUGCAUAUGAGUGUGCAUGUGUGCGCGGUUGCGUGAGUGGAGGGAAUCUCCUCCUCGGUCCCUCCCCCUCACAUUAGUAUUAUGCAUGUGGUAAAAAGGAGGCAGGCGGUGCUCCACUCACUCACUCAGUCACUUCCAGCCAGAGCGCUCAGCAUCCUCCACAUCUCUGCAGGGACCACAACCAACGCUCAAACCUCUCCAAACUUGUUUCUCUGGAACAUUCAAUCCUGGACUUGCUCCUGGAGGAGAAAUCUCAAUUUUUCCUUACCUAAACUGGAUCUGACGCGUGAUUUCAAACGCGCAGUCCGACUUUUUCCCGAUGUGGAGCCUUAAAUGUUCUAAAACCAAAACAAACCGGAGUAGGGACUCGAGGUGGGACGCGGUGUUUGCGUUUUGGAUGUGCGGAUCUUGGCGUUCUGCACAUCGGCACAAGCCCCUAAAGUGCUAGUAGUAGUAGUAAAAGGACUGAAAAGACUUUGAGUGAAGUGGGUUGAGGAAAGAAAGCCCAGCAGCGUGGGAGUAAAGAUGGUCCAGAAUGUAAUUCUGGUGUUUUUUCGCAGGAGACUGAGCCAGAGACCGGCCGUGGAGGAGCUGGAGAGCCGGAACAUCUUAAAGCGUGAGUAGGCUUUAAAACCAAGGCUGCAGGCUUCUGUUCAUUCUGUUUGGGAAAAUUUACAGAUAUUUAGAUAGAUAUUUAUACAUAGAGACAUAAAUGAUGUGCUCAUUUGUUCUCAAAAAAAAAAAAGAGGACAACAUAUUUCCAACGUGAUUUUAAAAUAACAUUAAAUUAAAAAAAAAAGAUCUUAAGUUAAUCAAACUUUCACAAAUGAUUUAAUGUAGGUAAAGUAGAUUUUAAAUAUGUCUACUUUCAAACCCUAAACUUUCAAAGUGAUUAAAGGCUGAUUUUUCUCAGGGUCAUGAAUAAAAUGUGUUUUACAGAAAACUUUUUUCAGAGCCAGUUUUUUUUUUAGGGAGACAAAAAGAGGACAGUGUCUUUGUUUCCAACUCUAGUUUGCAUGGUAUUAUAUUAAUGCACAAAUAGCAUUAAUUUGAGUCUGGCUGUUUUGUAUUCCAAAAACAAGUCAUUUUGAUCCAACCUGGCUUUGGUAAUGUUUGGACAUCCUACAAUUUUAAGUCUUGUAUGAAAAUAUUUUACAAAUGUCUAAUCUAAGCAUGAUAUUCAGAUAUUCAUUGAAAUCCUGGUCAAAAAACUUUUUUAUUCACAAACUCAUGCUGAUAAAAGGUCCAUCUAUAAUUUGCACUGUGUGGCGGUUUCAACCAGUGAGUUAGUUCACUUAAAAUUUAGUUGUGGUUGUUGGUUUUUAAGGAUUUCAGCCCAUGUUAAAAUCAAAGUUAUCCAGCUCCAUUUGAAAACAAUGACACUGUUUAAUUCAAGAGAUGAGCUUUUGAAGAGAAACAGCCUGUUCUGUCCUGAUGAUAUAGAACAACGAAAGAAUCAGCUCCCAUGUUUAUGGAGGACAGAGUCUCUCGGCUGAGACGGGCCACCUGUGAGCUCUGAGCAGCUGUCUGUUCUGUCACUGGCCCUGUCUCUGCCCACACAGAACCAUGUGUUCAAACAUUCCCAACGCUGAACAACCACACAGACCAACAAUACAUUUUUUAGAGAAAUUCAAACGGAUUAGUUCACGUGUUUGUGUUGAACAGUAGUUAUCAAGAGAGUAAAUAUCUGCAGACUUUCAAAGGGUCCAGCCGUAGCAGCUUAAUGUGAGGGGAAAUGAAAAAAAGUGAUAGAUGAAAUAGAAAUGAAGUGACAUUUAGUCAACUUUCUGCUCUGUCUAAUUAAGAUGAAUUAUAUUAGGGCUCUAAUCUGCGUGUGUCUCUUCUACUGACAUCUAAGUCUUUAAAAGGAGUCCUGUACUCAGCUCAGACCGCCUCACUUAAAGAGUAUUGAUUGUGUGGAGGUCUGGCAUAUCAGCCCUCCCGUUGGAAGUCAGCUGUCAAGUUCAAUGACUUAAACUGUGAGGGUGUAUUAACUUGACAUGUGAUUCAAGCGAGUCAUCUUCAAAAUAAAAAGAUAAAUGGAUAUAUUUCUGAUUUUUAAAAUAUGGCGUGUGUGAUUCGACUGAACUACAUCUUUUAAAACACAGUGAACAUGUCCCCGCUGUUGAGCCCAUUAGUUAGCUGUUACAGUUAUUGUCCAGUCGCUGUUACUCUCAAGGAUUUUGAAUCAUGUUGUGGUUAUAAUAUGAGUCUAUUUUUCGUCAACAGAAAGAAAUGACCAGACAGAACAAGAGGAGAGGAGAGAAAUCAAACAGCGGCUGAACAGAAAGGUACGAGACUUGAGGCAUGUCCUUAAACUUCAUCCACUUAGAAGUCAUUGGUAAAGCCAUGAGGUGCUGACAGUUCUCUUUGUUAACCAGCUGAACCAACGGCCAACAGUGGACGAGCUGCGGGACAGAAAGAUCCUCAUUCGUUUCAGUGACUAUGUGGAAGUGGCCAAAGCUCAGGACUACGACAGGAGAGCCGACAAGCCCUGGACCAGACUGUCUGCUGCUGACAAGGUAACACCAGAUAACACAAACUGUUACAUUUUAUGGUGCUAAGCUUUUAAGUUGCCAAAUCUAGAGAAAGAUCUCUGUGCCCUGUCUGCGGGGCUAAUGUGAGUCAAAGAAAGUCUUCAAUUCUGUGUUUCCUUGAAAAGGCCCAGUAAAGGAUUAACUGUCCCAAAGCUGUAGUAUGCAGUUUUAACGUAUGCAUGAUCAAAGCCCUCAGUCUCAGUUAAUAGUCUAAAAUUUUUUAAAUUAUCCGGAUGCAGAAAUAAUGUAGACAGCUGUUGAGUUUAUUUUUGUCGAUGUCCAUCAGCAUCAUCCUCCCUGUAAUAAAAAUGCUGCUUCUUCUCAACUCUUUUUAAUGAAUAAGAGAAGAUUACGGGGGCCCUGACGUACAAAACACAACGGCAAAUCAGAAAACACAACAACGUUAACCAUUGUGUUUUCUCUUUUUGUGUUGUGUUUUCUGAUUUGCCAUUGUGUUUUGCACCUCAGGACCACCGUAGGAAGAUAGAAGAUGAAAUUAUAAGCUAAUAAAUUUAUCCUCGAUUAAAUCUAUAAUGCUGUUCAUCUAUGUUAAUGUUAUUCCAUUAAUUUAGGUCCUGGUCACAUGACUGUUUCUCACUCUAGCAGUGGAUUAAUGCUACGGCUCAGAAACCAAUAUUUUUGAUAUUUCAAUUAUUGGACACUCUGAAUCUUUUUUUUAUCAUACACAAGAUGCAAAAAGCAAGAAAAUCUAUUCGAUGUGAUACCUUUAGAGUAACUUUUCUGGUUGCAAAAACUUAAGAAUAUAAAGUAACAGCAGUCAUCGAGCCUCCUCAAUGUCACUUUCAUGAAUUUGGGGUUAAAUGUGUCAAAGUUUUCCUGCUUCUCCAUCUUUUCAAUGCCAUUUAACGCAGUUUGGCUUACAUAAUGUUCACCUGAGCAGCUGCUGUUGUUCAUUCGCUAACAUCCUUAUUCAAGCUUUACUGAGUGGAUAACUCCACUGAUGUAUGAAGGGACACACCUGGGCUCACACGGGUUUUGUUCUGUUUUUUCCUCUGCAGGCAGCGAUACGGAAGGAGCUUAAUGAGUUCAAAAGUAACGAGAUGGAAGUUCAUUCUUCAAGCAAACAUCUGACAAGGUCAGCAUGUCAUUUCACCCUUUCAGAUCUGUUUUUUUGUGUGCUUUAAUUGAACUGUACUGCAUCUCAUAAAGGUCAGUGUGACAUUGUGCAAGGACUUAAAGUUGUAUUAUCUAACACUUUCACAUCAAUAAGUGCUCACCCUGCAGGGCAAGGUUUAAAUUUAGCUGUAACCAGGCCCCUUGAGAACAGGAAGUUGCAACCUUUUGCACCAACUCUUCAAUAUAAUGAAUGUGCGCACAUAUUUAGCUUAUGUUUCACUUAUGCCAAGCCUUUGAAAAAAAAAAAAAAACCUUUAUGCUUACGCAAGAACCCAAUUUUCGAGAAGUGGUCAUUGGCUGCCUCCAAGAGCACUGUCCAUUGUGCUAAUAAUAGCACCUUUGAUUGAUGACACCGGUGUGCGUGUGAAUAUUUAGCCCACUUUCUCUCUUUGUCUCCCUCUCCUGUGCAGGUUCCACCGGCCUUAGCAAGGUUUCUUCUGUGAAGAGUUGCUGAUAUCUGGUUUUGUCAGUGGAGGCUUUGCACGGAGUCUUCCAUCGCUCUGGCCCACAGUCGGUGGGUGUCCUGGUUUUUAUGUCCAGUGAACCUUGGAGGCUAUGUCUCUAGAAAUGGAGCUGCUAGAAGACAAGGAAGCAUGCAGAAAGCUCCACUUCUGCUCAGAGGAACAUGACCUGAAACCUCACUUCACCUUGUCAGAGGGGCAGGGAGAAGCAGGGUCAUGUAUUUGCCAUAGACAAACAAAGACUUUUUUUUGUAAACAGACUCUUUUGAAAGACGUUCUUUUUGAUGCCACAGAGGGGAAAUGUGCAUGUGACCAAGUCCACCAGUCCCACUCCAGUAUCAGUAGUCACAUCCCCAAACUGUGUCUGAGUCUCACUGAUUCAGUUGAUGAUGCGUUUCAUAUCAACAGUGUAAACAGAAACCUUGUCUGUGUUCAAGACAAAAAUCCCUUUGUAAGCACUAUUUAUUGUCUGCACAAUACAAGUUUUCAAUUUGUAGCAAACUUUG